CCCUCAGUCCCGGUUCGGGAAUCCGCCGGCGCCGCCUUGCUGGGAGCGGCCGCCCAGGAGAAAGGAUGCUCCUCCGGGCGCGGCGGCGGAGGAAGAGGCGCGGCGGACGGGACAUCCCUGCGGCCGGCAGCCUUGCCUAGCGCAAGACGCGCGCAGCCUCCUCCAUGGCGAAGCCCCGCGCUACGUUGCAGCGGCGAGGCCCGGCUUGCGGCGGGGAGCCCGGCGGCGGCGGGGGCGGGGGCGGCGCUGGUGCCCGGGCCCAUCUUUCCUCUCGCCUCGGUGCGCCCUAGGGACUGCGGCGGCGGCGCUAUGGCCGAGACGGAGCGGCCGGAGGAAGCGGCCCGGCUGUGGCGAGACGCCGCCCUGCGCGCCGGCAAGCUGCGGAGCGACCUCGGGCAGCUGGAGCUGGGCUCCCGGGAGGAGAGCGGCCCGCAGGCAGAGCCGGAGCCCAAGUCCGCGCUGCAGCAGCAGCAGCAGCAACAAGAGCAGGAGCAGCAGCCGCCGUCGCCGCUGGAGACGCUGAACCUGAGCGGGCGCGGCCUGGAGGAGCUGCCCGAGGGCUUGUGCGCCGCCGUGGGCAGCAGCCUGAGCGUGCUCUCGAUGCGCAGGAACCGGCUGGCGAGGCUGCCCUCGGCCGCCGCCCUGGGGCACCUGGCCCGCCUGGCCGAGCUCGACCUGAGCCACAACCGCCUGCGCUCCCUGCGCGACGACGGCCCGGCGCUGGCGCUGCUGCGCGGGCUGCACAAGCUCAGCCUCAGCCACAACCAGCUGGGCGCCGGCGGCGACGGAGCGCUGCCCGAGGCCUUGGGCGAGCUGCGGCAGCUGGAGGAGCUGGACUUGAGCUUCAACCGCCUCAGCCGCCUGCCCGGCGAGGCCCUGGCCCGCCUGCAGCAGCUGCGCGCCCUCGACGUGGACCACAACCAGCUUCCCGCCUUCCCUCCGGCGCUGCUGGCGCUGGGCUCCCUGGAGGAGCUGGACUGCUCCGGCAACCGGCACCUGCGGGCCCUGCCCGAGGGCAUCGCCGCCCUGCGGCGCCUGAAGAUCUUGUGGCUGAGCGGCACAGGCUUGGCUGCCCUGCCCGAAGGCUUGUGCCAGCUAGGGGCCCUGGAGAGCCUCAUGCUGGACGGGAACCACUUGAGAGGCCUGCCCGCCGGGUUUGGCGGCCUCCAGCGCCUCAAGAUGCUGAACCUCUCCUCCAACCUGCUGGCCGACUUCCCCGCAGCUGUGCUGGCCUUGCCUGGCUUGGAAGAGCUGUACCUGAGCCGCAACCAACUCACCCUGCUGCCCGCUGGGCUGUGCCAGUUGGGCCAGCUGCGGACCCUGUGGCUGGACAACAACCGCAUCCGCUACCUGCCCGACUCCAUCGUCCAGCUGCAUCACCUGGAGGAGCUGGUCCUGCAGGGCAACCAGAUCGCCAUCCUGCCCGAGGGCUUUGGCCAACUCAACCGCAUCAGCCUCUGGAAGAUCAAAGACAACCCUCUGAUUCAGCCACCCUACGAGGUCUGCAUGAAGGGCAUCCCUUACAUCGCGGCCUAUCAGCAGGAGCUGGCCCACUCCCAGCCUGCCCUCAAGCCCCGGCUCAAGCUGGUCCUGAUGGGCCUGAAAAACGCAGGCAAGACGCUGCUGAGGAAGUGCCUCGUGGAGGACGAGGACGAGGGACAAGGGCAUGGAGAGCUGUCCUUCGCUGCAGCCUGCAAGGACGCUGGGAGAGCUCGGGCCAAGGGGUGCUUCAUGCAGACCCUAAGAGACCUGCCCCCUCAGCCUCUUUCCCCCAAAGCACAGCCACACCGUCGCCCCAUUGUCGAGCAGCCAGAGGCUUCCACUAUGCCAGCCUCAACCCUGAAAUGUUCCCAUUUGGGAUGUAUCUCCAGUGAGCAGUGGGACAUGCUCUUUUACCCUUCCCCAAAAGCUGCUGGGCAGACCCAGGUGGGAUGUUUUGCUGCUCAGCGGCAGGACGAUGCUCCGCUGGCCCCGUCACCAAAAAUAAAUGGGGAGGCGCACUUAAGAUAUUACCCUCCCCUACGGCCCAUUAGGCCCCCAGCUCCCUACGCAGCAGGGUUGCCAGGCAGCAGCAAAGGCAUAGAGGUGACCGACUGGACUGCCGAUGUGGAAAGGGGCCUGACUUUCAUUGUGUACGAGUUGGCGGGAGACCCAAGUUACGACGUGAUCCAGCCCUUCUUCCUCUCUCCGGGAGCCCUCUAUGUGCUGGUGGUGAACCUGAGCACUUAUGUGCCGCAGUGUUUUUAUCCCUCCGUGGGGCACUUCCUUCACUGGCUGGGGGCAAAGGUGCCCCAUGCCGUGGUGUGCAUGGUUGGCACCCACGCUGACCUGUGCGCUGAACGGGAGGUGGAAGAGAAGUGCUUAGACAUCCACCGCCAGAUAUCCCGGCAGGAGAAGUGCGACUACGAGGGCCUGCAGAGUCUGGCCCAGCAGGUAGACGAAGCCCUGGGGCAGGAUUUCGACCUGCGCUGCUCCAGCCCCCACGUCGCCUUCUAUGGGGUGUCAGACAAGAACCUGCGGCGCAAGAAAGCUCAGUUCCAGUAUUUGCUCAACCACCGGCCCCAAAUCCUUUCCCCGGUGCUGCCUAUCAGCUGCUGGGAUUGCUGCCAGGUACGCCGCUUGCGAGAGAAGCUCCUUUCGGUAGCCGAGCAUAGAGACAUCUUUCCCAAUUUGCACCGGGUGCUGCCAAGGUCCUGGCAGGUGCUGGAGGAGCUGCACUUCCAACCGCAGGCUCAGCAGCUGUGGCUCAGCUGGUGGGACUCGGCUCGGCUGGGCCUGCAGGCAGGGCUGACGGAGGACCGUCUCCAGAGCGCUCUUUCCUACUUGCACGAAAGCGGCAAGCUGCUCUACUUUGAGGAGCACCUCACCCUUCGGGAAUACGUUUUCCACAACUUGCCCAGGCUCAUUGACAUCCUCAACGUCUUCUGCCAACGGGAUGCCACGGUCUUGCUCCAGAAACUGCUUGGCAAUGUCCACGUGGACGAGCUGAAGGCCACGCAGCUCCACCACUAUGUGGAAGGCUUUUUGCUCCACGGGCUUCUCCCCGCCCAUGUCAUUCGCCUGCUCCUCAAACCCCACAUCCAGAGCAGAGAGGACCUGCAGCUGAUCCUGGAGCUGUUGGAGAAGAUGGGUCUCUGCUACUGCGUCAACAAGCCCAAGUCCAAGCCCUUGAACGGGGCGACGGCAUGGUACAAGUUCCCUUGCUAUGUGAAGAACGAGAUGCCCCACGCAGAGGCGUGGAUCAAUGGCUCCAACCUGGGUGGGCAGUCCUUUGUCGCUGAACAGCUGCAAAUUGAGUACAGCUUCCCCUUCAUCUUCCCCCCGGGGCUCUUCGCCCGCUACAGCGUCCAGAUCAACAGCCACGUGGUUCAGCGGUCUGAUGGGAAAUACCAGAUCUAUGCCUACAGGGGGAAGGUACCUGUCGUAGUAAGUUACAGACCUGCCAAAGGCACCCAGCAGCCAGAUACUUUGUCUAUCGCUAGUCAUGCAUCCUUACCAAAUAUAUGGACAGCCUGGCAAGCCAUAACCCCACUAGUGGAAGAACUGAAUGUCUUGCUUCAAGAAUGGCCAGGCCUGUACUAUACUGUGCAUGUCCUCUGUUCCAAGUGCCUUAAAAGAGGGUCGCCCCACCCGCAUACUUUCCCAGGUAAGAAUAUUUUAAUGCUCAGGUGUUUCUUUUGUGUGUGUGCAUGCGUGCGCUACUGGGUUAAUAUCGAGUGUGCGCAUGUAAUUGCCUCGUAAGCGGGUGGAUAGAUAGAUGCAAGCUGUCUUUCCGCAGCUGCUUGCCACGUUGCAAGAUGAUGCAGGUAAUCUCACCUGGAAACCUGACUACCGCCAGGUGAGAGAGGUUACCCCAGGAUAAGUUUGCUUACCUGUAUGUGCUCCGUGUUCCAUCCUGCCAAGCAGCGAGGAAUCUUUGCACUUCUCUGUUCCCCCCAGAUUUCUGGCCAGGGUUGAAAAUGUCAAUUUCUCCCUCGGCACUUGGCAGAAUAUAGGAUUCACCUGCGCUUUGACGUAGGCGGUGAAAUUCUUACUAUGGUGGUGCAAAUAAGUCCAUACAGAAUACACCCCCAGCGAACUCUGUUGCCGUGAAGCAUAUUAGUCAUCCGUAUUUUCCAGUCAGGUGAUAAGUUGGUGUUUUGUGAACAUCAGGUACAGAUAUGUGGUUAAAAUGGCUGUCUGCAUCUUGCCCGAAUAACAGUGAUACCUGGCGUAUUUUUAUAGCCUCACUUUGUCAGCAGCAUGCACCCUUGUCACAAUUAUAUCACUUGGUCAAAGGAUCAUCUGUUCCCACCCAUUGCUGUGUUUAGCAGGCAGUAUUGUGAAAAAAUCCUGCCUCCCUUUGUGCGGCUUUUGCAUAUGCUGAUGUACAAAACAGCCAAAGGAGCUGAUUUACUUCUGCUGGCUCCGGUACAUGUUUUCACAGAGAGUUCAUGUUUGUUUCUUCAUUAGAUUCCGUAUUCUGUUCUUCCUUCAGUCAGGUUGGCAACUUCCUAUGUGUGCGGCAUGUGUGUGCUCACAUAUGUUGAGGCUCUGAAUCUUAGCAAGCCUCCAAAAGCAACCAUAUAUUGCGGCCAGCCAAGUGUUUGGUAUUCUCCCAGCCCGCCCACCACUCCCGCCCCUGCCUGCGACUAAAUGCUGAGGAUUGGAAAAAGCGGGGGGGGGGGGAGCUUGGGAAAGCCACAAUAGAUGGUUGGUGGGCCUGUGCAUUGUGCAGACCUGAUGAAUCAUAGAAUCAUAGAGUUGGAAGAGACCACAAGGGCCAUCGAGUCCAACCCCCUGCCAGGCAGGAAACACCAUCAGAGCACUCCUGACAUAUGGUUGUCAAGCCUCUGCUUAAAGACCUCCAAAGAAGGAGACUCCACCACACUCCUUGGCAGCAAAUUCCACUGUCGAACAGCUCUUACUGUCAGGAAGUUCUUCCUAAUGUUUAGGUGGAAUCGUCUUUCUUGUAGUUUGGAUCCAUUGCUCCGUGUCCGCUUCUCUGGAGCAGCAGAAAACAACCUUUCUCCCUCCUCUAUGUGACAUCCUUUUAUAUAUUUGAACAUGGCUAUCAUAUCACCCCUUAACCUCCUCUUCUCCAGGCUAAACAUGCCCAGCUCCCUUAGCUGUUCCUCAUAAGGCAUCGUUUCCAGGCCUUUGACCAUUUUGGUUGCCCUCCUCUGGACACGUUCCAGUUUGUCAGUGUCCUUCUUGAACUGUGGUGCCCAGAACUGGACACAGUACUCCAGGUGAGGUCUGACCAGAGCAGAAUAAUAUGAAUAGUAUGUGAAUGUAUUCUUAAUACUUUGGAAUACUUGCAAAAUAAAUUGAUUUAGGGAAUGUGUUUCAAUCGUUGGCUUUUAAGAUAAAAAAACCCCAAAUAAUAUCUGAUGUUAGAAUUUUCAUCAAAAUUGCCUGUAAAGGGGGGGGGAUGUUAGGUGGAGGUGAUUGCUUUUUUGUUUUCUUAAUGUUGACAGUGGCCAACAAGAAGGAUUACUGCAUAUGGCAUGUACCAUAUUUUUUGCUCUAUAAGACGCACCAGACCACAAGACGCACCUAGUUUUUGGAGGAGGAAAACAAGAAAAAAAAUAUUCUGAAUCUCAGAAGCCAGAACAGCUAGAGGGAUCGCUACGCAGUGAAAGCAGCAAUCCCUCUUGCUGUUCUGGCUUCUGGGAUAGCUGCGCAGCCUGCAUUCGCUCCAUAAGACGCACACACAUUUCCCCUUACUUUUUAGGAGGGAAAAAGUGAGUCUUAGAGAGCAAAAAAUAUGGUAUAUUCAUCCCCCUUUCCCCUCAAGUCUGGUAGGUUUCUGUGUUGUUUCAAUACAAAUGUUGACCAGAGGUGAUAUUGGGGGUGCCCUCUAUGGGAAGCUGUGCGUCUCUCAAACCCCAUCAGUUAUCUUAAAGAUAAUGGGCCGGAUCCAGCUAUGUAGGUGUGCUCAUGGCAGCCAGGGCAACACAUUCUGCUUGAGCAGGGCGGUCCAACUUUUCAUAGCAAGUGGGCCGCAAGAGUAUGGAACCAACGGGCUACACUUUGCCAUGUCAUGCUCCCCCCAACAAGGCCAAAAUUUGACAGCUUCCCAAAGCCCAGCAUAUCGCUUACCCGGAUUUGGAAAGGUGGUACAAAGGGCAUCAAAUCUUGCCAAGGGCUGCCAAAAAGGCCUCGAAGGUUAAGUGUUGGAUCACCUUGCCCUAGUGAAACGGGGCUCCCUCCAGCCCCUGGGUGCCAUCCCAGAUCGGCUCUGGGGUGUCGGGAGAACUCCUAGAACAGCAUGGAGGACAGAGAGGGGAGAUUGGUCUGUUGGGCAAGCUGAAAUGUUUUCACUGGUGGAGCCAUUUUGUUGUUGUUGCUGUUGUUGUUUAGUCGUUUAGUCGUGUCCGACUCUUCGUGACCCCCUGGACCAGAGCACGCCAGGCACUUCUGUCUUCCACUGCCUCCCGCAGUUUGGUCAAACUCAUGCUGGUAGCUUCGAGAACACUAUCUAACCAUCUUGUCCUCUGUCGUCCCCUUCUCCUUGUGCCCUCCAUCUUUCCCAACAUCAGGGUCUUUUCCAGGGAGUCUUCUCUUCUCAUGAGGUGGCCAAAGUAAUGGAGCCUCAGCUUCACGAUCUGUCCUUCCAGUGAGCACUCAGGGCUGAUUUCCUUCAGAAUGGAUACGUUUGAUCUUCUUGCAGUCCAUGGGACUCUCAAGAGUCUCCUCCAGCUCCAUAAUUCAAAAGCAUCAAUACUUCGGCGAUCAGCUUUCUUUAUGGUCCAGCUCUCACUUCCAUACAUCACUACUGGGAAAACCAUAGCUUUAACUAUACGGACAACAACAUGGAAUUCCUCCCAAGCUAUUGUGCAGCCAUACACCGGCAAUCCUGAAAACUGUUCAGGUUUAGUCUCCUUUUAACUGUGUCCUAGCCUGCUUUAUCCCCAUAGAAUUCAAAGGGAGCCACUGAUAAGUCACUCAGGCCCUCUUUGGAUAAACUUGUCCGGGGUUCUUUUCCCCCGCUAUGACACUAGCCAGUGAUGUGGAGCAGAAAAUAACCCCAGCAGACUUCCAUGGGAAAAUGUCUAUUUCAUAAGUCAAUUAGCAGCAGUGAAUGGAUGUCAGCUGAUAACAGAAUAUUUGAAAAUACAAUAUGUGAAACUUGACGGUUUCAGAGUUUUCAGUUUUGUUUACUAAAUGCAGGAAAAAUAAACAAUAAGAAAAAUAACAAAUUAGUAGCAAUGAAUGGAUGUCAAAUGAAAGCACAACAUUUGAAAAUACAGUAUUUGAAACUUGACAGUUUCUUAGUUUUCAGUUUUGUUUCCUAAAUGCAGGAAAAAUAAACAUGAACACACUAUCUAGGGACAUCUGAAUUUUUUGGGGUGAAAACUGAAAAUUUUAUAGUGCACGUUGCCCUAGGAAAAGUCUCCCAAUUCAAGCUUUUUUCCGGAAAGUUUGCAUCACUGCAAAUGACCUUUAUGCAGAGAGGCAAUUAAGGAAAAAAACGAUGCACUGGUUUGCUGGAAUGAUUUCUUCCUUAAUUAUGAAAGCUACUUCCACUGUUGUGGUCCCCUCUGAGCCCCAGCAAAGAGUGAUUCUGAGUCACUCACUGCAAGAGAGAGUUGCAAAAUGACUGCCUCGCUCUCCUCCCCUAGUCUAGGUUUCAAUUGUGGGAGCAGGCGAGGGGACAGCCAACACAAAGAGAUUGUGGUUGUGGUGGUGACUCACAGCUUCUCUUCAGUGUGAUAGCUGGAGACUUUCUGAUGAUGGUUUGUUUUGAAUUCAUUACUUGUGUGUAACCAGUUGAUACUUUCCUGCUUUAGUAAUGCAGACUUGAGUCAGAACGCCGGAAGAGUAUUUUUGGCAGGAGGAGCGUAUGUUGGCAUAAAAUCAAGUCAAACUUCUGACCUUAAUAAGCAAUGUGUUUAUGGGACUUUUCUUUCAACAAAGUACUUGGGAAUGUACUUCAUAAAGAUGGAGGGAGGGGGGAUGAGUUAAUUUCACUCUUAUUCAAAUGUGUGUUUUGGCUCGUUUGCAUUUUUCUUAGACUGUGGUUAGUUUUUGACCUGGCUUGCUGCUGCUGCUGCUUCUACAUACCUGGAAGUAAGCGCCAGUAGAAGUCAUUUCAGAGGACGCAGUGGUCAGAUUCAUGACAUAAAGCUUGCUCUUUCCUGCAUCUGUUAAUGCACUAGGCCCUUGUUGAUUUGCAGGGUGAAGCUCUUAGGUUAGAGUUUCUGCUGUCAACAUAACAGGGUCUGAUCAGGGACUUGCUGAUCAGAAGGUCGGCGGUUCGAAUCCCCGCGACGGGGUGAGCUCCCGUUGCUCAGUCCCUGCUCCUGCCAACCUAGCAGUUCGAAAGCACGUCAGAGUGCAAGUAGAUAAAUAGGUACCGCUCCGGCGGGAAGGUAAACGGCGUUUCCGUGCGCUGCUCUGGUUCUCCAGAAGUGGCUUAGUCAUGCUGGCCACAUGACCCGGAAGCUGUACACUGGCUCCCUCGGCCAAUAAAGCGAGAUGAGCGCCGCAACCCCAGAGAUGGUCACGACUGGACCUAAUGGUCAGGGGUCCCUUUACCUUUACCUUUAAUCAGUGUACUGGGUGCUUUAGAGAGCAAUACAGUGGUACCUCUGGUUGUGAACAGGAUCCGUUCCAGAGGCCCAUUCGCAACAUGAAAAGAGCGCAACCUGAAGCGUCAUAUCUGCACAGGUGCGCGGCACGAUUUGGUGCUUGUGCGCCUGCGCAAAACGCGAUUUAGCGAUUCUGCGCAAGCAGUGAAACCCGGAAGUAACCUUUUCUGGUACUUCCGGGUUGCCGCAGGACGCAACCUGAAAGAACGUAACAUGAAGCAAACGUAACAUGAGGUAUAACUGUAAUGACAGUUCUUUGCCCUCAGGGUGGUCACAAUCUGAGUACAGUGGUACCUCGGGUUACAUACGCUUCAGGUUACAUACGCUUCAGGUUACAGACUCCGCUAACCCAGAAAUAGUGCCGCGGGUUAAGAACUUUGCUUCAGGAUGAGAACAGAAAUUGUUCUCCGGCAGCGUGGCGGCAGCAGGAGGCCACAUUAGCUAAAGUGGUGCUUCAGGUUAAGAACGGACCUCCGGGACGAAUUAAGUAUUUAACCCAAGGUACCACUGUAUUGACUGUGACAGAGACAUCAAUGAUAACAAGGGGCAAUAACUGAGAAAACACAGUUAAGAAUCCCUUCAGCCCAAUGCUAUGUUCCUGCCAUUCUUAAAUUUAUAGUAUCUUGUUAACCAAGCCAAUCAUCCCAUAAAGAAAAUGAGCAUCUGUUUGUGAGCAGAGUUCAUUAUCCCUCUCUAAAGUGCUUUUUCGAAAUGGGCGCCCCCUCCGAUUUGGCUUUCUGUUGAUAGAUACAAAAAUUGCAUCCAGGCACUAAUAAUUCUGCAGAUAACUGCUAAACAAGAUUUUAGUUUUAAGUAUAUGCGAACUACUGAAAAUGUGAACCACACUGCAAUCAUUCAAGGACAAGAUGAGCGCUCUGAGCCCAGAGGAUACUGAUUAAAGGCUCUGCUAUUUUCAGGUCACCUUCAUCAUUGGAUUAAAAACAUACAGAUGAAGCCAUCUUAUGCCAACUCAAACCACUGGACAUCUAUUUCAGUGCUGUCGACAUAGACUGGGAACAACUUCCCUGGGUUUCAGGCAGGAAACAUUUCCUACCUUACCUGGAAAUGCUGGAGAUUGAAUCCUGGGGCUUUUAAAAUGCAAAGUGCAUGUUCUGCCAGUGAGCUAAAGCCCUUCCUCAAGGGUUACAGAUUGCAGGGUCAGAGGAAUUCCUUCCUGGGAAGAGACUGGUGAAGUUCAUAUAUGUUUUGUCCAGGCCUAAAUAGUUCAGCUGGUGAGACACCCUUUGUUUCAUUCUGAAUUUCUCACCCUGUUUGGAAAUGAGUUCCUCUUUCCUUUUCAAAAGAAGGAAGAAAAAAUACGUUUCAGUGCAUGACUACCUAUUACUUGCAGUUGGUUGUAGUGAAGCCCAGCAGUUAGUGCCAACCGUGGUUUACAAAUCCACUUAAAAGUAAUGGUUUCUGUUUCAGGUUUAUGGUAGAACCAUAGUUUAUAUUUAGGGUUGUGUUUGGAUCGGUGACUUUAAACCUAGGUUAAGUCUGACAAGGAAAAGAGGCAAGGGAAAUCACUUGGAGAGGAGCCUUGCAUUUUCAAAGCUGGUGCUGCAUUUAAAAACUGUUUUCUGGAGAGCCAUUAUUACGUGGCAUUGGAGUGUUGCAGUAUAGAAAACCCUAGAGCAGGGAGUGGCUAACAGUGCUAGAAACUCAGAUAUAAAAGUUAGGCACCAAAUAGCUCAUUAAACCAGGGUUACAGCCGCCAAAACGGAAUGCCUGGUUGCCAAUUUGGGGCCAGACAGCUCAAAAGUCACAUUUUUCAAUAUGCGUUAUUGGUUCCUGAAAUUUAUUCUGUGCAGAUAAAAUAUACCGUAUUUUUUGCUCUAUAAGACUCACUUUUUCCCUCCUAAAAAGUAAGGGAAAAUAUGUGUGCGUCUUAUGGAGCGAAUGCAGGCUGCGCAGCUAUCCCAGAAGCCAGAACAGCAAGAGGUAUUGCUGCUUUCACUGCGCAGCAAUCCCUCUUGCUGUUCUGACUUCUGAGAUUCAGAAUAUUUUUUUCUUGUAUUCCUCCUCCAAAAACUAGGUGCGUCUUGUGGUCUGGUACGUCUUAUAGAGCAAAAAAUACGGUAAUUUUACAGGAUGCAUUGCUAGUAUGUGAAAACAGUCAAGAUCCAGGGAUCCCCAGGCAUGCACCUCCAGAUGGUGACAUCAUGUGCCAUCCUGGUGAAUGGGCAUCUUCGCUUCACAAGUGGCCAAUAGCCAGCUGCAAAAUGAAUUUUGAACACUGGUGGCCCUCUAGUGUUGUCGAACUCUAUUUCCCACUAUCCUUGAUGUGUUAGCCAUACUGGUUGGGGUUUAUGGGAGCUGGAGUCCAACAGCCACAGGAGAGCCACAAGUUAGUUAGCACUGCCCUACGGGAACAGUGUUACAUUAUAGGGUCACUGUGGGGAAAGCAUAUUCACCAACUGGAAUAUUCGCCAAUGGGACCAGGGGCAGGGUGUGUGUGUGUGUGUGUGUAGAUUUUAGGAAAUGGUCAGAAAAAUGAUUUUGAGCACCCUGAUUAAGAAUGAUCUUCUAUGUUAAAAAGACCACCUUAGUGUUUAUUUAAGGCCUGAGCUUUUUAUGUUGAACUUGGGGUUCUGGUUUUAGGUAUGCCUUGUAAAUUUAAGAACACCAGACAGCAUGAUGUGACAAUAAAGGAGCAUGCAGAAGAUUACCGAUGAGAUAAGCACAUUUCAGAGACUCUCUUGGAUACCCCAUUGAGGAUUUGCAUUGCUGUCUUUUUACAAUUGUCUCAUUGUGCGUCUGAAUAUAUUCUAGACUAAAGAAUCUAAUGCAUGCUGUCUGAGUCACUAAAUGAUGCAAAGAGUGCGGCUUCCAGGAUCUCCCCAGUCAGCCGGAUUAUGGGAAGAGUAGUGGGUUAAGGAGUUAACUGAUUGGUUAAGUGGUUUUUGAGAAAGUUCUGUAAAGUGUGGAAUGGUUAUUAUGGUCCUAAUCCCAUUUAGUGACUAAAAGGGUAGGAUUUAGGGUUUAUGUUUCUUCCAGAUUAAUUAAUUUGUGCUAAAGUCAUGGAAUCUUGUGAACACCCCUCUUGAAAUAUGCAGAUCGUUUUCUAGUGUAUGCUUAUGUGGUUUGGCUCUGUUGAGAUGCUAAUAAAAUCUUCUGUAAACAAUUCCCUGAAUUUGUGUUGCUGUCCUAUUCAUGCUUAUUUGGUGAUAAAUCCUUCUGAAAUCAGUGAAGUUAUUUCUUGAGUAAACGUGAAUGAGAUCUGAUUAGUAGAAAACUAGCUCAUAAGGGAGAAAAGUUCUAGCCUAACCUUCAACCUGAAUUGUUUUUCUACAUGCAAAAAAGGUUCCUGGGCAGGUAUCAAAACAACACGCAGAGGUAUCAAACAUGCAAGUUUGACGUGCAAAGUUACAGGAUUGUUGAGAGGUAGAGACAUUAUUGUCAACAGUUGUGAUCGUUUCUGAAUUAGAGCAUUGUGCUCACAAUUUGUUCAGAUACAACAGCAAUGGAGGGGUGGGGAAACAGCAUUGGCCUUUAUGAAGCUACUUUGUUUGUUCGUUCAACUUAUGAGGAACUGCAUCUUUAGGAGAAGCUACGUCUGUUUUCUCCCAAAUGAGAGCAAUCAAUGAAGUUGUUCAUACUAUAUAGCUCAUCUCAAUCUUUAGAACUUGAGAAUCCAGCCAUUGCAUCAGAGAGCUGACUAUGAAAUACAAGAAACAUAGUCUUCGAAAGUGUUUUGCUGCCUCUCAUGGAAGAGGCAGAAGAACUAAACCUCUCCAAAGAGCCUCCAUAAUAGGCAAAUACCACUUUGAGUGAAAGGAGAAGAGGUCCAGUGGUACGAAGUGCCAUGCAGAUGGAUGCUGAGGACUAAAAAUAUCUAGGAGAAUGCUGGUCCUGUAAUGUUAAAGAUGCUGCUUUGAGGCCUAAAGAUGACACUGAACUAUACUGAUAAGAAAAUCUCUUAGUUUUCAAGAGUCUAAUCUACAUUCCAAAUAUCACAUGGUACAGGCCUCUCAGAAAAAGGUACCGUAUUUUUUGCUCUGUAAGACGCACCCAACCAUAAGACACACCUAGUUUUAGAGGAGGAGAACAAGAAAAAAUAUAUUCUCUACCUCUCUGCGCAGCGCCCCUUCAGCGAAGCGGCGGGAGAAACUGAGCCCCUUCCAUUUCUCCUCCCGCCUCACUGAAGGGGCGCUGCACAGAGAGGGAAAGCUGCACAGCGCCUCUAAAGCGAAGCGAAGCCAGAAGUGCAAGAGGGAUCAGUGCUCACCAAUCCCUCUUGCUCUUUCACUGGCUUCAGUGAAAGUUGCACAGCCUGCAUUCGCUCCAUAAGACGUACACACAUUUCCCCUUACUUUUUAGGAGGGGAAAAUACGGUAUGUCAAAAUACCGCUCCUUUUUAGGAGCGAAAAAUACGGUAUGUCAAAAUAAUUGAUCCUACACAAACUACAGUGUCACGAAGAAGACUAGAUUAAAAGGUAUUAUAGCUUUUUAAAAUGUUAAAUUCAGUAUUAAAAACAUUUUAGCAUAAUUUUCCCCAAUUUAGAACAUCAACUUCCAUGUUUACUUUAAAGUGAUAAACACAACACAAUCCUGGAAGUCAGUCCAGUAGUAUUUAAUCCCAAGUAAAUGUGUCUAGGAAUGCAGCCAUCGCAGUGUUUUUUAAACCCCAGUUUUGAUCUUUGAAAAAGUGUUUGUUUACAUUUGUAAGGUUGCACACCACUCACUACCUGCUGCAAGUACUCUUGUAAGAUUAUUUCUUUGCAACUCAAAAUCCCUGGUGCCCUUACUAGUAAUGUUUGAGCCACUGGAAGACUUCCCCAGGAGCAAUCCCAGACCCCCUGUGUUCCCCCUGCUCUUAGGACUUUCUCAAGUGUUUUGCUUGUAGCAUGGUAUCAGUUAGAAGGAAAUCAUACUCCAGCCUUCCACUUUAAAACAAAAGACCCUAAAGAAAUUUGCAAAUGCCGUCACAUAUUUGCAAUACUUAAUGAGCUCACGUUUACAUUUGUGCUCCCAAACAUGUCUAGUGGGGAGAGUGUAACCAGCCUUGUGUGACAGAAUAGCGUCUGUUCACGGUUGCUGGGUCAAGCAGUUGCACUGUUGAUCAUUUGUAAGUUUCAGCAGGAAGCUGGGAGACAGCAUGUUCCCUGUUAAUCCCUUCCCAACCAAAACUGCACUGGCUAGCUGUUACAACUUAACUUUAGUGCACCUACCCCAUCUUCAGUUGUUAAAAACAUCUCAUUUUCCAAAAACGUGAAUGAGUCUGCACAAGUGUCAGGCGUGUUUGCUUCUCUUCAUCUGCAUGCCACUGGAAGAGAUCAGAAAUACGUGCUUUUGAUUUCAAACUAACUGCAGUUUCCCAUUACAUCCACACUCAGAGGUAUAUGGUUUGACUGUAGUUAGUGAAAUAAACCAGGAGCAAGCAUGAUUUUAUGUCCUGUUUUUUGUUGUUCUCAAAUCAACUUACGUAGAGUAGGGGACCAGGGUAAUGCCAUGCUGUGUGGCAUCGGUUGCCAACAAUGCCCAUAUAUGCCCAUAGAGGCCUUUCCAACUAAGUGUAGGAAGAACUUUCUGACUGUAAGGCAGUGGAACAGACUCUCUCAAAGGGUGGUGGGCUCUCCUUCCUUGGAGGUUUGAAGAAGAGGUUGGAUGGUUGCCUGUCAUGGAUGUAUUUUGAGAUUCCUGCAUCGCAGGAGGGUGGGACUAGAUGACCCUUGGGGUCCCUUCCAACUCUGUAAUUCUGCGAUUCUAUGGAUGAUGCCAUUGUGGCUACUCCUAGACUGCAAGCCUAAAGCUGCCAUCUUGUGUAUACAAAUUCAUCCGUGGAAUUGAGCUUCAUGGCUGCAACCCUAAGCGUAGGAACAAAGGAAGCUGCCUUAUAGCUGAAUUAUGCCAGUGCUCCCAUCUGGCUUUGUAUCAAUGACUGACAGUGUCUCUCUAAGGAUUUCCUCCAGCAGCCUUAUCUGGAAAUCUGUGACCUCCUCCCUACAACACACACACUCCACCACUGUGUUAUAGCUGUGCCCCCAAAGCACACUGGCCGGAUCACUGGGACUUCCUUCUAAGCAGAGUUAGGGUCAAACUGCACUUCCCAUGAUCAGGGGGAAAACAAAGGGCCAGGCUGCCAGGGCUGGAGUCAGAUGCAGGUCAGCACAAAGAAGCAAGGCCAGUUGUCAGUUCUCAGCCAACUUUUUAUUCAAGGAAAUGAAUAUACAACUCAGCAACACUUCCCAGUAGGUCUUGCCCCUGUGGAGCAGUUGUCAGGACUGAGGUCCCUGCCUUCUAAGGCUCCUCCUCUCCCAAGCAGUCUCAAACAGCAUCUGAGCAUCUUUGGCCUCCGUUCCACUCUCCUCAUUAUUCUGUGCGUUCUUGGAGACAAGGCUGGAGGGGAGCUUGUCGCAGCAGGAGAGGGAGACUCCCUGGAUUCCUCAGCAGUCUCUUGACGCCCCUCCUCUGCUUCAGCUUUGGAGUCUGAACUGCUUCCGUCCACAGGUUCUUCCUGCUCACUAAACUUUGUUGCCCCUUCAGCUUCCAGCUAGAUUCUUUGAAUUGCAGAAAUUGGCCUCUUGGCUUAUAGUGGCCACUGACACAUGGCUUAAAAAGAAAGAAAGAGGAGACUAAUUUGCAAAUGCUGUAUAUAGAUAGACGUGUAAAAAUGAUUACUGCCCUACUGAGUAAUACAAAGUAGACCCGUUGGUUUUGGUGAGUCUGAGUAUUAAUUAGCUGGAUGCAUUAUUUUACUCUUGAGUAUGACUAAUGUUAGAUAUCACCCUAUAAUUUUUAUAGAGGAAUACUAUACCUCUCACUGUAGUGGGGAGGACCAGGGCCUGUGUGCAUGUGCUCAGUCUUCUGCCAAGGGGCUGGCUGCUGAUGGGCAGUUCCUGGGCUCCUGCAUUCCUACUUUACUUUUAAACCAGGUUUGGAAUGGACAGCCAUUCAAAUACAGGACAUCAUACAGAGAACUGCCACCUGUCCUUAUUCUGCCACCUGUCCUUAUCCUAACCUUCUGAUAGCCCUUCAAAUGGAUACAGGUCUUCUCCAAAGGAGGACACUGACCACCCUGUCUUUGCCCUGCUUGUUCUGCUAAUGUGUGCAUGUGGUACCAGUUGCUCUGUCAUUGAGACCUUGUCCAUUUUCCACAUAAUUUAAAAAGGUUGCAUUUUUGGGAGUGCGUGUUGUUUCCUAAACAAACAUAGAUGUGAAAUUAGACUCUCUUUAAAAAAGUACUAGGGGAGUAGUACUCCUUAGUACCUGGGAAUGCUAGGAUAGGAAGCACCCACAUGAUCCAGCCUAUCUAGACACACCUGGUGAUGCAUCAGGGGAGCAUCAUUAGAGCAGCAGGGACAGUGCAAAGGUUGCUUGAACUGGUCCUUAGAUGCCAUGGCGGAGUUCAGAACCAAGCUUAUUCAUUGAAAUCCCCACACAAAAACACUCCCAUGCUAAUACUUUGGGAUUUGAGUGAUAUAGGGGAAAAUAGAGAGGCAUGAUGGUUGCAUUAGAAGUUAGCGAGGACACUGCAGGGACUUGAACCCUGACCUGAAAACCUUGAAGGUGGUGCUUGAAAUGGUCCUUAGGUGCAAUGGUGGAGUUAAGAAUCAAGCUCAGUCACUGGAGUCACCACCCUCCCAUGCUAAUACUUUGGCUUAAGAAAAAGGGAGCCAAUUGUUAUUUGGGCAGUGUGAGAUAGAGAAAUAGAGAGGGAUAGAGAGAGAGAGGAUAGCGAGACAUAGAGAGAGAGGGAUAGAGAGCGAUAGCAGUUGCAUUGGAAGUAAGCAUGGACACCGCAGGGAUUUGAACCCCGUCCUGGGAACCAGGAGCGCCGACCACCAGUGCCUUUUGCUUUUUUUUUUUGAGCAAUGCAACAAGGGGAAAAGCAAAACCUGAGAGAACAUUCUGUGAAUGUUCUCUCAGGAAAAAGAAAAACCUUAAGAGUUAUGAAGAAAUCUGCUGCAAAAGGCUUCCACUUCUGAUGAGUCAGGGACUGCAACCUGAAAGAGUCUUAGCAGAAAACAAUGUUAGUGCAAAAAGUUGCAGAUGAAACACGAUAAGAGAUUUCUUCCCUAGUCAAGCAAGUGGUACUGACCUAAAUAUCCUUGAACAAUGGAAUACCAUUUUGACUGCCAUUUUUGUCUGAAGCUGGAUGAGCCAUUCAUCUUUGUUGUUGUUGUUUAGUCGUUUAGUCGUGUCCGACUCUUCCUGACCCCCUGGACCAGAGCACGUCAGGCACUCCUGUCUUCCACUGCCUCCCGCAGUUUGGUCAAACUCAUGCUGGUAGCUUCGAGAACACUAUCCAGCCAUCUCGUCCUCUGUCGUCCCCUUCUCCUUGUGCCCUCCAUCUUUCCCAACAUCAGGGUCUUUUCCAGGGAGUCUUCUCUUCUCAUGAGGUGGCCAAAGUAUUGGAGCCUCAGCUUCAGGUCAUUGAUCUAGAGGGGCACAAAAGGGAGAUAAAAUUCAGACUUCAAUCUCUGCCAUUAAGCUUGGUAUGUGGAAAGAGGAAAGAUUGCUCAAUGCUCACCCUUUUGUUUGUCCAUUUGACUUCAUGUGUCUGGCAGCUCCUUCUGUUGGUGUGUGAUCUAAAGUCACUAGUUUAUCCUAUCAGCAGGUGAGCCUCAAUGUGGUGACACGGAAUAGGGCCUCUUCUGACAUAUACAGAAGAAUCCUUUGCUGUAAAAAGUCGCAAACCGUCUUGCCGCAACCUUAAAACGAAUGAGGAAUCACAGAGUACCAUUUUGACUAGAUAUUACCUCCCUAGUCAAGCAAGGGAUACUCACCUUGAUGUGGUUCAGCCAAAGAGUGCCAUUUUGACAGUCAUUUUUUCAAGAAGCGGAUGAAGAGAUUAAAAAGGAGAGACCAGUACAAAAGCAUUGCACUGAAAAAGAUCACUGAGUUGUCUUCAUCCAAAGACUAGUUUGUAAGGUAAACAAAACUUUAAGACUUUAAAGUGUCUUAGCACAAGAAUUGCAGGUGGAAAAGAGAUUUUCUCUCCAGCGAAACACGAGAUACUCACCUAGAAGCCGCCACCUUUUGAAAAGUCAAAAGUAUUUAAUAGUUACCUUCCUUCACUGCAGAACUAAUUUCCAGAUGUGAAGUUACUGGCAAAGGAAGCUGACUGCUAGACCUGGUUUUAAAAUUGGCAUUUUAAAUGCAUUACCUUCAGUGCUGGAGGAACCAAGUUUUUUGUGUAGAGUCAACACUUUGUGUUGUCUGAGCUAUGCAGCAAUAAAAUAAAAUAAAAUCCGAAAACCUUGGUUAUUACCACCAGAGAGCCACGUUAUGCAUCAGGGGUAAUCUUGCCUGGCCUGUUUCAUAGUUGCCUUUUGAACUCCAUUUCCCAUAUCUUUUCGUAAUCUUGCAGGUUCUGCUGGAAAGGCUUAGUGGAGUUGAUGUUCUAGUCUGCUUCCUCAUUGGAUCCUCACAACAACCCUGUGAGGUAGGUUAGGCUGAGAGAUAGGGCGCUUCAUGGCAGAGUGAGAAUUUGAACUCGAGUCUCCCAGGUCCUAAUCCAGCACUCUAGCCACUCUCAGGAACUUCCUUUGGAGAAAGCGCUUUCCCCCAGGAUCCUGGACUUGCCAUGUCCCUGAGCAGUCACUUUCCAGUCGCCACCAGCAGGUUCAUCCUCAAAAUGCUUUAUUUGCCUUUUCAGCAAGUUUUUAACUUACCUGUCUUUCUCUCCUUCCAAGGCAACCUGAGCCAACAUGAAAUUAGAAGGAACGGCUUUGUGCUCUCCUUGUCUUCUUUGCCCCCCCCCCCAUAUGCACAUUUCUAGCUUCAGCAACAAAAAACUCAAACUUUCCCUUCAUGAAAUGACUUCUCUAGUUGCCUUUUAAAAGAAAAGCCUUCUAUUUUUCCUUGGAAACAGGAAUGGCGGCCACCUGGCGUCUUCAGUUCCCAGCUCAUCUGAAAAAAAUGACUGAAUGACCAAUGUUGCCAAGUGCAAGCUCCUUAGGAACUUGUAUAUUUUAUGUAUUAUUACAUCAAUAACCUACCUUGUCUCCAGUGAGUUCAUGGCGGUGUGAUCGUCUUUCUCCUGUGACCUGAAAAAGUCUUUGCACAAAGAAUUGCAGAAGGAAGACAAUAUACCGUAUUUUUCGCUCAAUAAGACGCACCCGACCAUAGGACGCACCUAGUUCUAGAGGAGGAGAACAAGAAAAAAAAUGUUCUCUCUUUCUCUGCGCAGCGCCUCUCCACCAAAGCGGCAGGAAAUGGAAGGGGCUCCGUUUCUCCUGCCGCUUCGCUGAAGGGCCCUGCGCAGCUUUCCCUCUCUGCGCAGCUCCCCUUCAGCAAAAACCUUGGUUAUUAUCACCAGAGAACCAUGUUACACAUCCGGGGUAAUCUUGCCUGGCCUGUUCCAUAGUUGCCUUUUGAGUUCCAUUUCCCAUUUCUUUUCAAAAUCUUGCCGGUUCUGCUGGAAAGGCUUAGUGGAGUUGAUGUUCUAGUCUGCUUCCUCAUUGGAUCCUCACAACAGCCCUGUGAGGUAGGUUAGGCUGAGAGAUAGGGCGCUUCAUGGCAGAGAGGAUUUGAACUCGAGUCUCCCAGGUCCUAAUCCAGCACUCUAGCCACUCUCAGGAACCUCCCUCAGAGAAAGCACUUUCCCCCAGGAUCCUGGACUUGCCAUGUCCCUGAGCAGUCACUUUCCAGUCGCCAUCAGCAGGUUCAUCCUCAAAAUGCUUUAUUUGCCUUUUCAGCAAGUUUUUAACUUACCUGUCUUUCUCUCCUUACAAGGCAACCUGAGCCAACAUGAAAUCAGAAGAAAUGGUUUUGUCCUCGCCCUGUCUUCUUUUUUUCCCACCUGCACAUUUCUAGCUUCAGCAAUAAAACCACCAAAUUUUCCCUUCGUGAAAUGACUUCUCUAGUUGCCUUUUAAAAGAAAAGCCUUCUAUUUUCCCUACUCAUCUUCCCUCUUCUUUAAGCGGACUUCAUAUCCAUGUACCCUUUCAUGUGCUUCCUCUUUUCAUCCAAAGACUAAUUAGUUUGAAAGGUAAAUAAAACUUGAUUUCCGCUCCUUCACAUUCCUUCAUUUAUCUUCAUUUUCUCUUGGUUUUUCCAUUUUUAAUUUUCUUGAUGGAUUUCUUGAUCUAUCUUGGCAUUUUUCUGAGUUUUCAGUUUAAAUUUUGCUUGGCUAAACUCGUUUUGGGGGGACUUCCUCAAGAUCCAUCAUAUGUCUACAAUUUACUGUCCGUGUGUUAUUAGGAUUAAGUCUUCUUUGAUCUUCUAUUUUCCUUCAGUUUCCUUUUAGUUUAAAAUUGAAUGUCUCUCCUAACACUUUUUAGGGACAAACGCCUGAUUAAGAUAUAUGCGCACAGUAUUUAUAAUCAACCACGAAAGAGAUCACAGGUUAAAAUUACCCGUGUCCCCUUUGAAGUUGUAAAUGAUGAAUUUCAGCAGUGAAAUCCCUUCAUUUACUCUAUAAAAAAUUCCCAAUAGUUUUCAAAAGCAUCUAACCUAAGCUGGUUUCAGUUGCUUUUUCAAACCUGUUUCAUCUUCCCAGCCUCCCUCUCCUAAUCCCUCUGCCCCUUAACUCCUUCAGCUCUUCUGACCAGUGAGAGGGCUAACACCAGUGCUAUAGCCAGGGACAGGCUCACUCACUGGAAUGUGGCUCGCUCCUUCCGCCACCAGUAGGUCAUAACCACACAUAAAAAAGUCCCUUGCAGCAUUAAUACAGUGGCUGCAAAUGUCUUUAUUUUUGAUGGGGUCACUUCAGGGCUUUGAUGGGAAAUGAGUAUUUUCUUUCCAAAUUAAAACAUUCUGGAAAGACAAGGGAACUGAAUUUGUAAUCCACCCAAAUCUCAUGGAGUACAAAUUACAGGAACAUGACCUGCACAGGAAAUAAGGGAAAGACUAUGGGAAGAGGGGCUGGCUUGGAUCUCAGUGGCCCCCAUUGAAUUCUAUGCAGCAAAGUAAAUGGGCUGUACAGUUGGAAAAGUAAUAUGGGGUACAGCUGGAAAGGACAGCAGUUGCUUCUCACUCCUAUGUAUGCACAACAUUCUAUGAUAGAAUGAAUGAAGCCUGGGUGCUUGUUUUUUAAAAAAGUUGGCUUAAAAAGAAAGAAAGUGGUGGUUAAUUUUAAAUCAUUGCUCCUGUUUGUAGCAUACUGGCCGUCUUUCCCUUGAAAAUUGCUUUGUUGAAAUAUAAUACCUGGUUGGUGGAUGGGAAGGGUUUGGAGUGACUGAAAUAGAUGUACAGCUCCACUAAUUACAGAAGAAAUUUCAUUUCACUUUGAGGAUUAAAAACCUCAGUGUUUGAUGCUUAAGAAUGCCUUGUGUGGUUUAAAGUUAAGUGCUCUUUUCUCUCUUCUAUCUCUGUAUUAACUUUAACCGCCAUGACAUGAUUGCAUAAUUAUUGUAACUUGCAAAACCGGAUGAAUCUUAGCACAAUGUGUAAAGUUACUUUCCAGAUAAACAUCUCUGAAGUUGGACUGUUAUUUUACAGGAAAGCAGUUAGAGGUGAAAGACCGUGUGAAAUUGCUUUGGAUAUGGUUUUUAUCCUGCUGUAACCACAGUUGUGUAAUGCAUGACAUCAUUAAUCUGUUUGCCAUUGCCAGUAGAUUUAAAAUUCUCCUAAUCAAAUGCAUUCAUUUUAAAGGAAUUUGCCUUGUUUGGUACACUUCUUUCUUGCAUUGGGCAAGGAAAACAUUGCCACUGAGAGAGAGCAGAAGGCUGAUCUAUAAGAUGGUAAACUGGUAUUUUCCUUUAACAUUUUAGCAGCCACUGGCCCAUUUGAAAAUGGGGGCUGACUGGUAGUAUUCCAGAUAAGCCCACACUUGACUUGUCUAGCUUGAUAUCCUAACUACAUAUAACGUGACUGCAAUGAAAGGUUUUUGCUUGAGAUGCUAGCUUGUUUGCAUAACUAUUCAGUAGUUCCUCUUUUAAUACCUGACAGGAAAAUGUCAGUGACAUGACAGAUGAUUUCUCACUGGGAGAAAUGUUUCAUUGGGGGUCCAUCUGGUUCAGUGUUUAUAUUGGUGCACUCUGAGAGACAGCCAAGAUUCGGAGUAAGGUGUUAUUUUGCUCCGUUGUAUGUGUAAUUUUCCUGCCCACCUAGCGGUUCGAUAGCACGUCAAAGUGCAAGUAGAUAAAUAGGCGGGAAGGUAAACGGCGUUUCCGUGCGCUGCUCUGGUUCGCCAGAAGCGGCUUAGUCAUGCUGGCCACAUGACCCAGAAGCUGUACGCUGGCUCCCUCGGCCAAUAAAGCGAGAUGAGCGCAGCAACCUCAGAGUCGGUCACGACUGGACCUAAUGGUCAGGGGUCCCUUUACCUUUACUAUGUGUAAUUUAUUUUUAAGUACGGACCUCCGGAACGAAUUAAGUACUUAACCCGAGGUACCACUGUAGUCAGUUCUUGAAGCCUGAAGUGCAGAAGGCAAGAAAGUUCUGCUCAGUUGAUCAGGCAAAGGUUGAGAUGUGAAAGCCUGGAGGUAAAAAUAAAAUAAAAUAAAGAACAAAGCUGCAACUGCUUAUUUCCCAUUUUUUCCUGAUUUUUUUCCCCAGGCCUUCACAUCUCUAAGCAAGGGUAAGAGGCAGGAUCACUUAAAAUUCUAAGGCUAGACUACCGCAAUGUGCUGUAUACAGUACUGCCCUUGAAGUCCAUAUUGAUCAUGUAGGUGCUCCUUUAGUCCAGGCAUGGGAGCCUCAGGCGAAGGGGUUGAAUGUGGCCCUCCAGAAUCUCUUUUCUGGCCCUCGGGACUCUCUUCAGGUGACACCCUGCCCUCAUGCACAGUUCUUCCCAGGCCACACUCCUCACUAGACUUCCUUUUCAUCCCCUUUCAAUGGCUUUGCCUAGCUGGGACGUGUCCUUGAAUCACUGUCAUCAUUGUCGUCGAUUGUAUAGGCUACUCAGAGCAUAAAGCCGUCGAAACAGUAAAACAGAACAGGAUAAAACAAGCUCUAAGAACAAUAACACUGAUUCGGGAACAAUAAAACCAUCCAUCCAAACUCUAGAAAAAACACCCAGUGAUACUAUAAACCGGCCAAUAACUUAGGAAGUCCUGGGUGAGCUUUCUUAGGAGUGGAUGCGCCGCCACCAAUUUCAAAACAGUGGGAACUACCUCAUCCUGUAACGAUGCCUUCACCACAUCCCAAACCCACCCAAACAUGCCCUGCUGGGUAGAUUUUAUUAACCAUGAAGGACAGGGAUCAAGGGAGCAACAUGGUUAGAUGCAUCACUGCAAGCACUUUCUUAUAAUGCUACAGUGGUACCUCAGGUUAAGUACUUAAUUCGUUCCGGAGGUCCGUUCUUAACCUGAAACUGUUCUUAACCUGAAGCACCACUUUUGCUAAUGGGGCCUCCUGCUGCCGCUGCGCCGCCGGAGCACAAUUUCUGUUCUUAUCCUGAAGCAAAGUUCUUAACCUGAAGCACUAUUUCUGGGUUAGCAGAGUCUGUAACCUGAAGCGUAUGUAACCUGAAGCGUAUGUAACCCAAGGUACCACUGUACUUGCUUGCCUGGAUGGAAUAUAAAGAGGGCUGUGUGAGUCUGUGUAGAAAGUAGACUUGUACAAAUGUACAGUUUUCCAUUUGGUGCUCUGCUGACUUUUGCCCCUGGCCUUGCCCCAUGUUGACAUGUAGUCCCCCAACAUUUCACAGAUGAGAGGACAAGCCCUCAGCCUGAAAGAUGGUCUCCUGCCACUGCUUCAGUAGAUUAUAGGGUCUGUUCUGACUAUGAUUUAAGACUGCAGGUUUUGACCUUGCAAAGACUUGCAGGAACUUGAAUCUUUAUAGCAAAGAAACCUCUCCUCUCCUUUUGCAGGCGAUUCUUAUACAGCGAAUAAGAAUCAUGAGGCAUAUAAGUGUCCCUAGUGGCUGUUGCUCAGCUCUCAGUUCAUUGUCUCUGGAAGUUAGCCAAUAUCUGAGCUUGGUAUUUUCUGGAAAUGAUGCAAGAUGUUUUAAUUAUAGCAUUGUAAUAUAUAAACAGGGAAAAAACAGUUUUUAGUUUCUUUUCUGUAUUUCUUGUAGGUUAGUUCUUUUAAUUGUAUUGUGAAAACUUCAAUUAAAUUUUUAAAAAAAUUCUACACAGAGAGACAUAUAUAUGAAUGAAAAGAUUGAAGACACUGGGAUGUAUAAAUAAUAGAAUAUGUAUUUUAAAUGUCAUGAUUUUCGUAUUCCAGAAUGGUUGUUGCUGACACUGUCUCAGAGAGAGGAGAGAGAGUGACAAGGUAAUAAAUCUGAAUAAAUAGACCAAAAUAGGUUAAAAUAGUAGUCAGCAGUCAUAAUACUUUUAAAGCUUCACAUGAGAGGUGAUGCUUGGCAUUUAUAUUGCUUUUUUUUUGCUGCUCAAAGCAUUUCAUAUUGUCUUUCAUAUAGAUUACUUUCAUUUUUAUGGGGCUUCGUGGGGCAGACUCUUAAAUGCUUAUUCAAAUACAGUGGUACCUCGCAAGACGAAUGCCUCGCAAGACGGAAAACUCGCAAAACGAAAGGGUUUUUGGUUUUUUGAGUUGCUUUGCAAGACGAUUUUCCCUAUGGGCUUGCUUCGCAAGACGGAAACGUCUUGCAAGUUUGUUUCCUUUUUCUUAAAACCGUUAAUACAGUGGUGACUUGACUUCGAGGAGCGACUCAUAGCACGCGGUGUGGUAGCCUUUUUUGAGGUUUUUGAAGACUUUGGUGAUUUUUGAAGCUUUUCCAAAACUUUUCCGACACCGUGCUUCGCAAGACGAAAAAACCCACAAGACGAAAAAACUCGCGGAACGAAUUAAUUUCGUCUUGCGAGGCACCACUGUAUAAAGGAACGAGGUUACCCUUACCAAUAAUACCACAAUGAUGAGAGGGCAGUAGUCAUUUAAAAAACAAACAAGAAACCCUUGUAUUACUAUGCUCAGUUUUGUUCUCUCUAAUGCCAUUUUCUGAAAUGCCUCCUAUUACUUGCCACUUUUUCAUUGUAAACGUCUAAAUCGCUUUUAAAUCUCAACUCCCCUUUUAGACCUCCCCAGUGCCUGUUGGUUUUAUUUGGUUAGGAGACGAAGGCAUUGACUGAAACUAAAUGUGCAGGCCAGUGGCAUCCAACUUCAUGUGGGAUGUUCAUGUCUACUGUUCUAUGCUACCUCUAAAUUUUGCGGUCUCAUCUAAACCUGCAUUCUGCGCAUUCAUACUAGAUUAUGCGCAUAAAAAGGUAAAGGGACCCCUAACCAUUAGGUCCAGUCGUGACCGACUCUGGUGUUCAUAAAGCUCAUCUCGCUUUAUUGGCCGAGGGAGCCGGCGUACAGCUUCCGGGUCAUGUGGCCAGCAUGACUAAGCCGCUUCUGGCAAACCAGAGCAGCGCUCGGAAACUGCAUUUACCUUCCCGCCGGAGCGGUACCUAUUUAUCUGCUUGCACUUUGAUGUGCUUUCGAACUGCUAUGUUGGCAGGAGUAGGGACCGAGCAACGGGAGCUCACCUUGUCGUGGGGAUUCAAACCGCUGACCUUCUGAUCAGCAAGUCCUAGGCUCUGUGGUUUAACCCACAGCGCCACCCGCGUCCCUUUUAGAUUAUGCACACACUCCUCCCUAUUUUAAGAUUCACUGAUUUCUUGCUUGCUAGCAUUUCUCUAAAAGCCCAUCUGUGAAAGCCCAGGCAACACACUACAUUUUCCGUCGGCAGAUGGAGGUGGAAAUGCAAUGACAAAAGUAAUGUUGAUCUCAUUCCAAUAAGUAUCACUUUGGAAGACUUCCUACACAAUUAUUUUGGUUCUGUAUACUUAGAACUGCCUUUAUUUAUGCCACUUCUCAACCCCUGCCCAUGUUUGAACAGCUCAGAAAGUGCCUUGCAUGCAAGCAGCACCCCAGGUGGUCUCCCAUCCGGGCAGCAUAUGGGACAAGUCCUGCUUAGCUUCAGCAGUAGAUUUUCGUCAUGUGCCUUCUAAGCAUUCUCUGGGAAGAAACACUCCCUUGCUGCUUACAAGGGUGGGGGGAAUCAAAGCUCUUCCCCAGCAAUCAACAUUCAUUAGGAAGUCACAAUGUUGUUUAAAAAAGCAAAACAUCUAUUGCAGGCAUAUGGCAUUAUCUCCUACCACAAUGUUUUGCUCGGUUCAUGGGAAGAACCUCAAUUCAUCAAAGGAGAGUUACAUUCAGAGAUAAGGAGAUCCUUAAACACAUGGAGAAAAACACUGGGUCCCACCCACGGAAUCUGUCGUCUUUGCAAUUGCAUUAAUUAAUGUUAAGCUGCUCUUUAUGAUGAAACUGAAAUGCUGUAGGUGACAAGCGCUACCUCUUUGCCUGCUCCGUCCUCAUAAUACAUUCCAUUACAAAAACCAUUCAAACAUAUGUAAUGAGAAGCAGAUUUCUUCUUUUGGGCCUGCUAUUAGUACUGUUGCUGUUUCAGAGAACUAGGGCAGUUUGGGGGCUGAGAGACUGAGUUGGGAGCCAGGAAAUAUCUGGUUCAGAUUUCAUUGAGUUGACCCCUAGACAAGCUCCUCUCUCUCAGUCACAGCCCCCUUUCUGUGGUCUAGAGAUCAGACUUACCCCCAUUGUAAUGUUUACUAAAAUAUGUGAAGGAAAACUUGGAGCCAUGCAAAAGCACUCUUAUAAAUGUUUGACUUGGUUUGUUAUAUUUCUGUGCCACUUUUGUUCAAAUGAAUCCCGAAGCGGCUUACAAACAAUAAAUAACAGUAACGUGAUAAAACAUAAUAGAACAAUGCCAAGCGUCAUUAAUUAAGAUUGGCCCCCAUCUGUGAGCUAAGCUGAUCUUGAUUCCAUAUGAGAACGAUGAAGAGGUUUAGAAUGCAGCAUGAAUGUCACAUUUUGUAAAUAAGAUGGUUUGAGUUUUGUGUCUCUUGUUACUUGGGAGGCAGUGUGUAUUGCUCACAUGUGGUGGGUUGAAUACCCACAAUAAGCAGCUGGUGUUUCUCUUCUGUAAUAAUUAUUCAAGACCAUAUUCCAUAGUUGGAGAUUUUGUUGUCGUUUAGUCGUGUCCAACUCUUUGUGACCCCAUGGACCAGAGCACACCAGGCACUCCUGUCUUCCACUGCUUCCCGCAGUUUGGUCAAACUCAUGUUGGUAGCUUCGAGAACACUGUCCAACGAUCUUGUCCUCUGUCAUCCCCUUCUCCUUUUGCCCUCAAUCUUUCACAGCAUCAGGGUCUUUUCCAGGGAGUCUUCUCUUCUCAUGAUGUGGCCAAAGUAUUGGAGCCUCAGCUUCAGGAUCAGUUGGAGAUUAGGCUGCUGGAAUUAGUGCUCCCAGCAUAUUGAAUACAUUGAGAGCAAGAAUCUGAAAAUGGUGAUCUGAUAAGUUGUACGAGCAUCUUUUUAGAUUCUUACCUUCUCCUUCCUCACAGUAUUAUAUUGUCAAAAUAGAUCUGUCACUUGAUUCCACCAUGAACAUCUCACCUUAUGUUUAUUACUAGAGACAGUUGAGUAGUUUUUUUAAAGAGAAUUCAAAGUAAUUUGAGAGGGGCAUUGUUUCUCGUGAUGUCUAUCAGAGGCAACAUGAAACGUCCGUAUCGAAACAGUUCAAAAACUUGCCAGACCUGAUUACCAGAGGCAAAAGCAAGAGAAAUAUACAUGCCAUAAGCAAAACUCUUUCCUUGAAACUGUCUGGAGAAAAAUGAUGUUUGUCUUCAAAGCUGAGUAAUAAUAACCAAAUGUGGAUAAAAUGAGCAGCUUUUCGUGUUUCUUUCUCAAAGGGAGGUUAGUCCAGGCCCUUCAUGCAAACUGGGAAAUCUUCCAUAAACUAUAGCUUCUUGUUUUUCCCCAAACAGGUUAAUGGUUUCAGAAGUUGGUUGGGCAACUAGUGGCUUGCUUGUAUGAAGGGAGAAGUGAAGGGACUGCUUGUAUGGCAAAAGCACUCGUACAUAUCUUGGCUUAUUCAGAUGAGAUACGUUCAUCUGAAUGCAACCGGUGUUUAAUGCAGAUCUUUUUUGAGGCAAGCACAAUGCCAAAACCUGUCUCCCAUCCCUGGAAAGGCAGGGUCAGGGUUCAUCCCUGUAUUUGUAAGGUGCCAUGCCUUGAUUUAUUUAUUUGUGAUAUUUAUGUAGGCUGCCCAGUAGCAUGAUUCUCUGGGCACUUUGUGAACUUAAAAUAAUAAAAUACAAUAUUAAAAAUCCCAGUCGUAAAACAGUAAUUGUAGCGUGAAAAACUACCAGCACGUCGUGAGUUAUGCCCACAUCCUUCCCUUCCAUGCUCUUCUAUUCCCUCUCAUUUACAGGAAAUAUUACAGAGUUCUUAUUAUCCAUUAGCUUCCUGAAGAAAGUGAAAUGUAACCGCUGAGGCAGGUGUAUGUUACCUGUGCUUAAGUAACCGUUCUAUUAAAGUUUAAAUAUCUGUGUGUGAACUUUCAAGGCCUAUUAGGAGUAUCACUUGCUACCUCACAGGUGACUGAAGAGCAAGCUUUUUUCUGCACUCCCUCUCUCCCUUUCCAUUCCCACAAUAAAGAAAGGCGGAAACAGUUGUGUACUUCACCCAUAAUUAAUGAAUGGUGCACAGUGUUUUUCAUUAUUGGGUAUGUAGAGCAUUGCCGGUAAUUCAGGGCUCAGUUAUUUUAUUUGCUUCUCAUUUUGCUCCAGGUGGCUAGAGAUGGCAAGGAAGGGAUUCAGAUGUAGCCACUCUCAAAUAGAGUACCAGACAUUAAUUCCUAGUUUCCAGUUGGGAGUGGGGUGUAGAAUCAUUCUGAAUGAGCCUCCAUACAAAACAAUUUUAGCUUUCUGUGCAGGGGUUUGCAUCGGGGAGAGCAGGUCUCUGCAAGUGGUACAGAACAGAUACAGUCAUACCUUGGCUCCCGAAUGCCUUGGGAGUCGAAUGUUCCAGCUCCCGAACGAUUGAAAACCGGAAGCAAGUGUUCCAGUUGUCAAACGUUUUUUGGGAAGCUGAACAUCCGGCGCAGCUUUCCCUAUUGUCUCUGGCGCACCUGUGCAAUUGGAAACCAAUUGGAAGCCGCUCUUUGGUUUCCAAACAUUUUAGAAGUCAAAGAGACUUCCAGAACGGAUUCCGUUCGACUUCCGAAGUACAACUGUACUGGUUUUACCUCCUCAGUGGGAACUAUGCCGACUUUCCAGAGUACGAUAGAACAGUGGCUCUUCAAACUCUGUUCUAGGGAAUCCAAGGAUCCUUGGAGAGUUACCAAAGAGUUACCACUUUCAAUAAUAAUUCCACCAUCCAACUUGUAGUCUUUGAAUUCAGUGCAGAGUACAAAAUGACACAGAGAUGGUAUGGAGAGAGAAUACAGAGCUGCUCCAUUAACUUGACUGUACAGAUAAAAGGGGGCGAGAGCACUUAACUCAAUGAGAAAUGUGAAAGGCCUUUAAGUGGCAAUAUUAUUGCAUGCAUUUGGACAGUCCUCUAACACUAAUGCAGAAGCAUAGUGGUGCUUAUUUCUGCAGCAGCAUUGAUUGCAUUAUGUAUAGAGCAAUCUUCUUUGUCGUAGUGGCUUUUGGAUUACAGAUCCCAUCACCACUGACCAUUAGCUAUUCUGGCUAGGGCUGAUGAGAGUUGUAGUCCAAAAUAUCUGAUGGGCACCAGGUUGGGGUAGGCUGUUAUAGAAAGUGCAUGUGAGAUAAUUUUGAAAAAACACUCCUGCCUACCAUAAUGUCUCUCUUCCCGGCCUCCCUAAGAAUGCAUCAUCCAUGUGUAUUGCAAAAUACUGCAACUCUCAGGGCCAUGGCAGUCUUGAAAUUUCAUUUAUCUGUAUAGAAAAUGAUUUAUGAGCUGCCCUUUGUUCUGAAAUCACAGGCUGGAAUUUGGGUUUGUGUGGGGGUUGGGCAAUGACUUGCUAGUUUUCCAAAGUGGCUUUCAGAUCCAGCAUUCCCCCAUCUGCAGUCUGAAGCGGUUAUUGUUGUUGAUUAGUUGUUUAGUCGUGUCUGACUCUUCGUGACCCCAUGGACCAGAGCACGCCAGGCACUCCUGUCUUCCACUGCCUCCCGCAGUUUGGUCAGACUCAUGUUUGUAGCUUCAAGAACACUGUCCAACCAUCUCGUCCUCUGUCAUCUGAAGCAGAACUGUCUCAUAAAAGUUGUGUAGCAUGGUUGUGCUGCAGGUUAGAGUGUGUCUCGUGUUAUGAAAGGGUAGUUGGAGGAGAAAGUUGAUCUGCCAUUCAUAUUCAGGGCUGCUGCUUCUGUUACCUUUAAAGACAUGGGUGUGUUCAUGCAAGUCCUCCCUUAUGUCUGGAGAACUCAUGAAAAUGUCAUCUGGGGCCUGCAAUGCCAGUGUCACUCUCCGAGAUAAUGAGCUUUAGAACAAUUUCUGGAGUCUUGGUGAGCACAGAUCUUGUCUCUUGGUAACUGUGUGGCGUAGUCAUGGAUCCAGUGCUAAUCAUCACCUUGGUGAUGGUUUUCACCUUGGAUAACAGAGGUUGAAAGAUUAGGAAGCAGAACUCAAUCUCUACUGUAGUUGUGUCCUCCCUGAUUGAACCGCGGUGACGUCCAAGAGAAAAGAGGGAGACUUUGGAAUGAAUUCCUGGUUUAGUUUGUGGAUAAGAGCUCAGGUAUGAUGAAUCUGUCUCACUCUUGACUAUGAUGCAGAAAUCCUUUAAAGGCUGGAAGUUCUUAGUACUACUUCAAGGAAAGCAAAAUUAGCUCUUAUAAAAGGGGGGCAUAAAAUGGCCUCUUUUCCCAAGGACAUUAAAUGAUAAAAACAAUUUUUAAAUAGCUUCAAAAUGGACUCUUCUGUUUACACUGCCUUUUUAUGUGAGUGCUCGUUAGAUAGAUGUCUUACUGGCUGCAUACAGGCAAGCAGCAGUGGUCAAAGUGGUGUGUUUGAUGAUGAGCAACCCAUCCUUGAUUUCUCUCAGAACCUAUUUUCUCCCUGUGAGGUCCAGUGGGUCCUUCCACUUUCAUUUUGCUUGGUCUCAGAAUCCUCUCCCUCUCUCCAGUUGUGCCCUUCCAGUUCAUCUUCAGUGAUAACAUUACAGCUGGUGAUGCAGUAUGAAAGCGACUUUGGUCAUAAGUGAUGAAUGUCUGAUGAUAACUUGACAUGACUUGCUGAAACUGGAAGGGGCAGCUGUGCCCCUGGACAUAAACAGGUUCCCUGACACAUUGAUUUAGUUUCCAGAUGUUACUUGUUUCAGUGAUGCUGUAGCUAGAUAUAGCAAAGACAAUAUGUGAGAUUUGGUGGGGAGGAAGAGCUGCCUGUUUUCCUACAGUUCCUUUCAAUGUUUUGCUCUACGCUGUACCAAUCACAUCUUUAGGCACAGUGAGGCGGGACCUGCUGCAGAUAGAUAUUUUGGGGUACCCUUUAAAUGCCAACAAAACAUUUAUUUAGAUUUUAUUUUUUACCACUGUGGCAAAAUGGUGGUUUGGAAUUUCUGCCCUGGGUGCCAGAAUGUCUUCUUGUUGCUCUGUCCAGUGCAGCAAAAAUUCCUUCUGGCCCGUGCAUUCUCUGUAAUUUACAUAUAUAUUACAUAUUAUAUAUUGAGAGCCAGUGUGGUGUAGUGGUUAAGAGCGGUAGUCUCGUAAUCUGGGGAACCGGGUUUGCUUCCCCGCUUCUCCACCUGCAGCUGCUGGGUGACCUUGGGCCAGUCACACUUCCUUGAAGUCUCUCAGCCACACUCACCUCACAGAGUGUUUGUUGUGGGGGAGGAAGGGAAAGGAGAAUGUUGGCCGCUUUGAGACUCCUUAAAAGGGAGUGAAAGGUGGGAUAUCAAAUCCAAACUCUUCUUCUUCUUCUUAAUUAGGGCAAGGCGGAAAGCUGACUUCUGAAUAAAUUACACCAAGUAUGCAUGCUUUUAGUAUGUUGUUGUUUAGUCGUUUAGUCGUGUCCGAUUCUUCGUGACUCCAUGGACCAGAGCACGCCAGGCACUCCUGUCUUCCACUGCCUCCCGCAGUUUGAUCAAACUCAUGCUGGUAGCUUCGAGAACACUGUCCAACCAUCUCGUCCUCUGUCGUCCCCUUCUCCUUGUGCCCUCCAUCUUUCCCAACAUCAGGGUCUUUUCCAGGGAGUCUUCUCUUCUCAUGAGGUGGCCAAAGUAUUGGAGCCUCAGCUUCACAAUCUGUCCUUCCAGUGAGCACUCAGGGCUGAUUUCCUUAAGAACGGAUAGGUUUGAUCUUCUUGCAGUCCAUGGGACUCUCAAGAGUCCCCUCCAGCACCAUAAUUCAAAAGCAUCAAUUCUUCGGCGAUCAGCCUUCUUAACUUAUGCAAAAUGGUAAAAGUUGUAGAAUAAUUCUUCUGCUGCUAGACAUGAGGAUGAGUAAGCAGUUUUACAGGAGCACUGAAGACCCUGUUGCCCAAACUCACUUGAAAUUUUCAUCAGCUGUAGUCUGGUUUCACCUGGAGGCAUAUCUGUGCAGCCAUAAAAGAUAACUUUCAAAACAAAUGAAAAGCGAGAUGCUCAGAGAGAUGAGUUCUACUGGACCCUAGACUUGAAUGGGCCCGUAUACAUUCCUGAAAUGAUAAUUGCUUUAACUACAUACUCUUCAUCUGUAGCUUUGGGAACUUAAAUUUGUGGAAACAAGGUGCAUCUGAGGAUUGAAAAGGGUGAGGCCAAGACUACAGAGGUCCCAAGGCAGGAAGAGGAGACCUAAACCUGGGACUGCAGAUAGAGUAGGAGGAGAGAAGAAACUGGAGCAUUUUUUGUCUGCAUUUUGGUAACGUUGGACAGCCUUUUGAGUCAAGAUGGCAGCCCAAUCUGUUCCAGAUGUCACUGAUUUGGACAGUGGAACCAGCCCUGAUCGCCUCGGUUUGACCCACCUGGAGAAAUCCAGGAUUGUCAUGAGGCAAGGUGUCUGACACUGAGCAGUAAUUGAUCAUACACUGAGGUAAUAUUCAUGAUGUAAAACAAUAUACCCCCUACCCCUGGCUUUCAUCUGUCAGCGUAAUUCCUUCAAACUGCAUGGGGAGGUCAGCACCAUCUUGAACUAAUAAAAAUAAAAAUAAAUUAUUAUUUGUACCCUGCCCAUCUGACUGGGUUGCUUGCCCCAGACACUCUGGGCAGCUUCCAGCAUCUAAAAACAUAUAUUUAAAUAGGUACACAAUUAUUAAAGCUUAUGAUCUUAGUAAAAUUAUUAACUGUGAUUAUGGUCGUUAAUGAGCACCUUCUGCUUUGGGCACCUCUGAAGCAGGUUUUUUUUUAAUUUUGGUUCACUUUUUGGGCCAGGGGAGGGUGCAGGAGGUAGAGGAGAGAAAAAGUCUCAUUGCACUUGUGGAGUUCCUGUUGUAUAAGUGGGUGGAUAAUAUAAUUGCAUCUCUAUCCUCUUUGCGUUAAUUUUAUAUUCCCCAUAAUUCAUUUCUAUCUUGUUUUCCACUCUCUGUACGGACAUUCUUGCAGGACAGAAGCAGCUCAGCUGAAGAGUCUGAUGACCUUGCUCAGUCAUCAGCAAUAAGUGCUUUCUAAAUCAGUUACAUAAUACAUUAUCAACAUUGGCAAAAUUGCGUGGCCUGGCAAUUACCUUAAGUCCAGCCUAGAGCUUUUCAAACAGCAUUUUCCCUUGGGAUAAGGCAUUUUCGCAUGCUGGGUUAAGUGGGUACAAGCAGUACGGUUUGAGGCAGCCUGAUUGCGCUGCCUCUGUUUACUAGUUGUAAAAUGUAAUAAUUUUGCAGUGCAAUGUGUGUGUGGUGGAGAGGAGGGUCAUAGUGGACUUUGUGCUUAUGUGUGUAAGUCUAGAUCUAGAUCAAGGGAAGUAAUAGUGCCACUGAUUCUGCUCUGGUCAGACCUCACCUGGAGUACUGUGUCCAGUUCUGGGCACCACAGUUCAAGAAGGACACUGACAAACUGGAACGUGUCCAGAGGAGGGCAACCAAAAUGGUCAAAGGCCUGGAAACGAUGCCUUAUGAGGAACGGCUAAGGGAGCUGGGCAUGUUUAGCCUGGAGAAGAGGAGGUUAAGGGGUGAUAUGAUAGCCAUGUUCAAAUAUAUAAAAGGAUGUCACAUAGAGGAGGGAGAAAGGUUGUUGUUUUCUGCUGCUCCAGAGAAGCGGACACGGAGCAAUGGAUCCAAACUACAAGAAAGAAGAUUCCGCCUAAACAUUAGGAAGAACUUCCUGACAGUAAGAGCUGUUCGACAGUGGAAUUUGCUGCCAAGGAGUGUGGUGGAGUCUCCUUCUUUGGAGGUCUUUAAGCAGAGGCUUGACAACCAUAUGUCAGGAGUGCUCUGAUGGUGUUUCCUGAUUGGCAGGGGGUUGGACUCGAUGGCCCUUGUGGUCUCUUCCAACUCUAUGAUUCUGUGAUUCUAAGUUAUAAUUCCUGUACAGACACUUUUCUGCUGUAUUACAACCAGCAACAGGCCCUUUCCAUUCCAUAUGCUGAAUCUCCACAAGUUAGUUGAAACAGCCCUCAGUAUUGGCUACAGCCAUGCAGUUCAGACACUCAUUUUCUCAGUGCUCCAUAUAAUGUGGUUGGCCUUAGUGCAGAUAUUCUGACCCACACCCAGAAAAGUCGAUAGGGACUGAAAUGCCUUUUAAUAUCAUUGAGAAAGUACUGUGUCUGUGAUGCUACGGAAGUCCUGUUUAUGGCGAUGGAUUUGCGAUGAGCUCAUUCAUGCUGGUAAGACAGGUAUUGAAUAUGGAUGCAUGAACUAGCUCCCAAGAGGUCAGUCACUGAAGUGGCUCACCCGUUUUGUUUGUUUAUAACUGGGUUUCCCAAAAUUUUGAGUUCAUGGACCCCUUGAUAAAGUCAUCCUUUACCCAGAAUCUUAGGGAUGCAAAUGGAAUAAAGUCAAGGAAUAUCAGCAUAUACCGUAUUUUUCCAUGUAUAACACGCCCCCGUGUAUAAGACACCCUCUAUUUUUUGGGACUCCAAAUUAAGAAAAUGGGGGGAAAUUGCCCCAUGUAUGAGACAUCCCCCUUUUCUUAACAUAAUUUUUAAAGAAAAACUCCUAGUCUUAUACUCAGAAAAAUACGGUAAUCAACAUUUACUAAUCUCCAGUUGACAUCACUAGGAAUCAUAAAAUGUUAAAAAAGUGAGAUAGGAUAAUAAAAAGUAAAAGUGAACCUGUGUAAACAAUUUUUUAGCAGCAAAGCAGAAUGGUCUGAUGCGGUUGUUUUGUGGAAUCAUCUUAUGAAAUACAGAGGUUCUUCGUUGAGAAGGAACUCUGUACAUGCCCGAGGCUCAUAAUCUCUAAUUAAUUUUUUUGCAGUAUACCUCGUAAACUUCUUUCCCACCCCUCAGCCUUUGUCAGCCCCAGAUCUUUAAUCAUCCCCUGCACAGUCCCAUCAACCCCAGGGGAUCAGUAUUGACCCUUUUAGGAAACCCUGACUUACUGUAAUACUUCUUUCUGUCCCCCCUUUCUUAUGAGAGGCACAGCAGUUUAAAAGGUCAGUACAAUUCCACAUGCAAAAAUAAAAGCAGUAAAACAAUUUGGCAUCCCAGUGUUGAAAGAGCAAAAAUAAAAUUUCAGUCUGUACCUCUGGGUUCUUGGGGUGUUUUUGUGGGUGGGUUAGAAGGAGGCUAUUUCUUGGCAAUAGAAGAGUUUCUUCACUUUCUGUAUUAUCUCUCAUUUUUAUGAAACGGCUUGCCGUCAGGAGCUGGGGUUUCCAAUUGUGUGUGACAUGCCUCAGAAAGAAUGUACUAUCCAAACACAGACGGGUUGCAAAAGGUAUAGUCGAUGAAAAAAGCUGGAGGGAUUUGUGUGUGUGGUUUUGUGUGUGUGUGUGUGUGCUACCUUCUCUCUUUCCUGCCCUGUCCCCCUGCUUUCCCUUAAUGCAAUGAGAGGAAAAGGAGCCAAGAGUUCCUUCUGGCAAUGUGACCUUUCUUGACUUUGAUCUGCAGAACAUUUCUAAUUCCUCUUGGACUCCACUGGGGCUUAAUUCAGCAGAACAGGAAAAUUGUUAUUUCCCCCCCCCUUAAAGGAUGAGUUUAUAUAAUGCUUGGCACUGAUUACUCGGGCAUGUGGUAGGCUUGAUAAUGUGAUUGGGGGAAUGGUCCACAGAGAAACAAAUAAGGCUGCUGCAUGUACUCAGAAAUGUAAUCAUUGUGGUCAUCAUCCCAGACGCCACUGCUGCUGCGGCUGUUAUUAAACUCGUCUUAAAUUGUAUGUGGCGUCCGCCACCAGAACAUAACAUCAUCCUCAGCAUAUAGGUCACUGACAUGUCCAGAUUCCCAGCUGAGAGGAGCGGCAGUAUGAAAAUCAAAUAAGCAAACAAACUCUGGCCAAGGUGCCAAGUGUACUUUUCAGAAUUGCAAGGGAAAUAGAAGAAAAAAUAAUGCAAAAACAUGGCAGCAGGAGAAGAAUCUGCACCCGUGUUCUCUUCAUACCACAGAUUAUAUGUAACACUAAACCAUAUUAUGCCCAGGGACGUGGGUGGCGCUGUGGUCCAAACCACUGAGCCUCUUGGGCUUGCCGAUCGGAAGGUUGGCGGUUCAAAUCCCCGCGACGGGGUUAGCUCCCGUUGCUCGGUCUCUGCUCCUGCCAACCUAGCAGUUUGAAAGCGUGUCAAAGUGCAAGUAGAUAAAUAGAUACCGCUCUGGUGGGAAUGUAAACAGCGUUUCCGUGCGCUGCUCUGGUUUCGCCAGAAGCAGUUUAGUCAUGCUGGAAAAACUGUCUGCUGACAAAUGUCGGCUCCCUUGGCCAGUAAAGUGAGAUGAGCGCCACAACCCCAGAGUCGUUUGCAACUGGACUUAACUGUCAGGGGUCGUUUAUUAGGCAUAAUAUAAAGGUAGGCAGGGUUAUGAGUAUUCCGUGCUGCAAAUAUAAAAAUCCUGCAAAUUAGAAAUGGAUUUCUGUGGUCUGUGCGAAUUGGGAGUGGGAAAGCUAUACCCCUCCAGAUGUUGAGCUGCAACUCCCAUCAGCCUCAGCCAGCAUGAGGCAACAUCUGGAGUGCCACAGGUUCCUCACCCCCAGUAUAAAUGAUGCAGAUUGGGCAGAUUCGCACUAUUGAUUUUGCUUAAUUUAUUAUACAUUUUAAAACUUGUUUGCGGAAAUGAAUCAAUAUAUUAUUCUGCUUCUGCAAGUAGGGAUGAGGGUGAGUCUACUACAUUAACUACGGAAAAUCUUGCUCAGAGAAACGGAGGAUAAUCACAAACAACCACCACCACCCUUUCAUAGGACCAUUUGUUAUUCUCCAAGCUGUUAGUGGAGGAGUGUAGGGAUAUCGCGGAGUGGACAGUGAGGUCCGGAGGGAGCACACUCUCCAUCAGCAGGCAGCCACAGUCUGCCUGCACGCGUGACCUUGGGGUGCAGGGAAAACCCCCCCUCAGACAAGCCACGGCUGUCGGAACAUCGUCCCCUAUGUCUGACCUUUUGCGGUCUCAGCAGUCAGCGGUGUCCUGUCUGUAACCUUUUGUCCCUGAGACCUUUGUCUCCUUCGUCAUACACUGUGCAAGGGGAAAAUGACGCUGUGGAAAACAGGUGCCAAAAUAGCUUUGUACCAGCCCACGAUCUCGGGACGGAAGAUGUGUAAAGGUCACAGCCCAAAAUGUAUCUGCCUAGCUUGCAUAUUUGUCUCAAUAAAAGGAGGCUCCACAGGAAUGGCAGUAGCUCGCUUGCUUCAGACCACCUGUGCGCAGCUCACAUCAUGAUCAAUACCUGUCUUGGGCCUUCACUCCAGAGGAGAAUAUCAGAGACUUGGGAGAGUGGGCUGGUAAAUUAAAUUCCACUUUUGGGAGGGGAGACAUACCUUUUGACAAAGUGGCCAGGGGGUGGGGCAGCCAUCUCCCCCCCCCCCAAUGCAAUAUCCUCACCUACCAUUGUUCCCAUUGCCCCACAUUUUUGAAAGAAAGGCAGCCAGGCUUCUGAGUGCAGCCAAUCAGCUGCUUGAAGCUGCAGUUUAUUUUUCUUUUAAUUAAGAGGGAGACAGAGCUCAGAGGACCCUUGAUCAUCUUGUCAAAACACAAGCCUCGCCCCACCCAAAGUGAUGUGACCUUCCCAACCCUGAGAUUAAUAUGACCUUUGGAAAGGUUGUGUGUGUGCAUGCGUGCGUGCGGAAUCACAGAAUUGUAGAGUUGGAGGAGGGACCACUUUCAAGCAUAUCUUUACAUCUGCAAGGCCUGGGAAUUUGGGGUGUUGUUGCUGAGUGUCGCGAGAAGCCAAGUUGUGCACCCAACGCUAUUUUUUGUGCUCUCCCCCCCUUUGCAUUCCUGUGGGAUCUUACCAUCACACACACACACACACAGCCCUGAACUCAGGCGAUGUAGAGAGUUCAGUGAUUUUUAAAAUUUCUGUCGGCUUCUAGCCUCUCUGGGCUUCUUUGCAAGGCCAGCUUAUGUCAGUAACAUGAGCAAGAACAAAAGAGAGGCUGCAAAUGCAGAAGAGGGAGAGCAAACCAGAGUUCCCCAGUAGGAAAGACAGAUAAUAAGUUCCAGUGGUGACUGUUGCAUGUGGGGAAAGUUGUGGCCACAUACCAUGUUAAUAUCUAUGACGUGCCACAACUGUCCCCACCCGCUUCAAGUUUUCUUUUGAGCUUUGGUCUCAACUAGGGCCAGGGCCUUUUCAGUACUGGCCCCGACUUGGUAGAACGCUCUGCCACAAGAGACUAGGGCCUUGUGGGACUUGACAUCUUUCCACAGGGCCUAUUCCGCCUGGCCUUUGGUUUGGACUCAGUCUGACCCUUAUGUUUCCCUCCCCUUAUGGUUUUGAUCUAUGGGCUACAUUUAAAAUGAGGCUGCAUUUUAAAUUGUAUUUUUAACCUGUAUUUUAAAUUGCCCCCCCCCCCAUUAUGUUUUUAUUGUAAUUUUACUGGUGUUAGCCGCCCUGAGCCCGGCUCUGGCCGGGGAGGGCGGGGUAUAAAUAAAAAUUUAUUAUUAUUAUUAUUAUUAUUAUUAUUAUUAUUAUUAUUAUGUGUGACAUGCUCCUUUAGGAUUGCAUGUGCUUGCUAUUUUAAAGACGAAUGCACGUUAUUGAACUCUUUAUUCUCGCCUAUUCAUGGGGACUCCAAAGUGCAGGCUGUGUCUACAACCUGUUAACGUUCAUAUUGCCUUGGGUAAAGCAUGUCCGUUUUACGUGGUGGGGGGGUGGGGGUGGGAAUUAUUCAGAAGUGACGAAAUGCAAUAACAAACCCUACGUAAAGCUACUUAUUGCUUCAUGAAACAAAAUGUCACAGUAGUCUCAACAAAUUAGUAAUUAACUCCUGGAGGGAAAAUUAGGUGGAAGGAUUUUCCAUCCUUUGAAAUCUUUAAAUUGCUGUUUGCGUUCUUCAAUUAAAAAAAAAAAAGUUUCCACAGCCUGGAAGUUGUGGGGCUGGAUGCAGGAAUUGCUGAGGAUGUUGUUCUGGCCUGUUUAGCACAGAACAUCAGAUGAAAUUGUGUGAACGGCAACUUCCAUCCUUUAAACUAAAGAAUCUUCAAACUCUGAAUAUUGCUGUCUUUAUUGUUUUGUUUCCUUGGGGAAUAAGGGGGGAUUUCCCCCCCUUCUCGUAACAGUGCUAUUUAAUGCUAUUGUGUCCCACCCUUCCUCAAACAAACGGAACACAGUGUACAGUGGUACCUCAGGUUAAGAACUUAAUUCGUUCCGGAGGUCCGUUCUUAACCUGAAACUGUUCUUAACCUGAAGCACCACUUUAGCUAAUGGGGCCUCCCACUGCUGCCACGCCGCCGGAGCACGAUUUCUGUUCUCAUCCUGAAGCAAAGUUCUUAACCUGAGGUAAUAUUUCUGGGUUAGUAGAGUCUGUAACCUGAAGCGUAUGUAACCUGAAGUGUAUGUAACCCGAGGUACCACUGUACAUAGCAUGUUUCCCCCCCCCCACCCAACAUCCCACUCCUCACUUACACCCAUGACACUCUGUGAUGUAAGUUAGCCAGAGAGACCUUGACUGGCCCAAAAAACUUAAAGUGAGAUCAUGGUCAAAGCUGGGAUUUGAACUUGAGUCUCCCCGACUUGACGUCUGACACAUUAAUUUGUAAUCUCCCUUCAUUGUAUUCACCAAUAUGGUACUUCAGGUUGUAAGCUCAUUAGGUCAUAGGAUCAUAGAACUUAAUAGUUCAAGGGUCAUCUUGUCCAACCCCCUGCAAUGCAGGAAAUGUUGGCCCCCAUGGGACUCGAACUCAUGACUGAGCUAUUACGUCAUAAUCCCUCUUUUUCUUUGCUAGCAUUAUUUUGUAAAGUGCCAUGUACACUUGGAAGCGUUGUACACAUACUGUAUCCUGUUGUUAUUAUUAGCUGAUCUAAAUGUUGACAUUAUCAGCUAAUAAGACUGUAUUUUUUAUAUAACAUUGUUUGAAAUACAUUUGAAAGACUUGAAGAGUUGUUGUGUUAAUUCUCUCCUCUUCCUGUGCCCUCUGGAGCAGAUUUUGAGGGUGUACAGGUAACAACAGUGUUGGACGCAACCCAAAGAAGCUAAAGAGACUCCAGAGGAGAACUGAUACAACAAAAGUUUUGGAAUCCAUUAAUGAGAGCCUACAGUUAUUGGGGGUAUUUAGAUCAAGACCUUGAAUUAUUAAAUAUCUCCAGGAGGGAAAUGUCAGUAUCUGGAUACCAGGCCUACCUGGGAAAACCUCCUCAACAACAAUCACCUCUUCUGUCUGCAUUUACUCACCUAUCUCGUUACCAUAGACUCUCUCAUUUAUUUUCCCCUUUUGUUAUCUUCCCACACCGUUGAAAGGUGCUCAACAGCUCCUUAGAAACAGGCAACUGCCUUUUUUUAUUCACCGUAUUUUUUGCUCUAUAAGACUCACUUUUUCCCUCCUAAAAAGUAAGGGGAAAUGUGUGUGCGUCUUAUGGAGCGAACGCAGGCUGCGCGGCUAUCCCAGAAGCCAGAACAGCAAGAGGGAUAGCUGCUUUCACUGCACAGCAAUCCCUCUUGCUGUUCUGGCUUCUGAGAUUCAGAAUAUUUUUUUUCUUGUUUUCCUCCUCCCAAAACUAGGUGCGUCUUGUGGUCUGGUGCGUCUUAUAGAGCGAAAAAUGCGGUACUCUGUGAUGGCACUGAAGAAGCAAUAAUUUGAGGAGGAGAAAUGGUUGCAAGCCAUUAGCACAGAAAGGUCUGGGCUGAAAAUAGAUAAUUUCCAUGGGGAAAUUACAAAUGUCUGAUCCCUAGAAGAAUUUAGGGAAAGCGCUUGCAUCCAAAGGCCAUGUGCAGAGGGUCUGUGGAGGGCCUCUCUCACUUUCCAUGGCUCUCUUCCAAGGCCGUUGAGAAGGAAGACUGAAUUCAGUGCACCCCUGCACUGGAACAUACCUAGGCAGGGGUUUAAAGUGUGACUGUGUGUCUGGCUCUUACCAAUUCUGCUCAUGGCAGGUGUAGUUUAAUUCAUUUAUUAAAGCCUUCAUUGAGUCAGAGCCCAUCUACCCCUAAAACCUAAUGGCAAUUUCUCUUUUUCUCUGUAGGCUUUCUUUCAUUAGAUUCUGGGAGUGCACGUAUUAAAUGUUCAGAUUCUAGAUAAAGAUCUCUAGAGUCCGUCUGUCUGGUGGUGCAGGUGAUUGGAUAGGGGAAGCGAUGACAGCUGCUUGCUUUUGUCUUGCUUAUAAUCCUUCAGACGUUCAGUUUGUCAAUACGAUAAUUGUGUCGGGUGACAUUUUUGCAUUAUGCUACUUCUCUUCAAAAGAGGGACGCGGGCGGCGCUGUGGGUUAAACCACAGAGCCUAGAACUUGCCGAUCAGAAGGUCGGCGGUUCGAAUCCCCGCGACGGGGUGAGCUCCCGUUGCUCGGUCCCUGCUCCUGCCAACCUAGCAGUUCGAAAGCACAUCAAAGUGCAAGUAGAUAAAUAGGUACCGCUCUGGCGGGAAGGUACACGCCGGUUCCGUGCGCUGCUCUGGUUCGCCAGAAGCGGCUUAGUCAUGCUGGCCACGUGACCCGGAAGCUGUAUGCCGGCUCCCUCGGCCAAUAAAGCAAUAUGAGCGCCGCAACCCCAGAGUCGGUCACAACUGGACCUAGUGGUCAGGGGUCCCUUUACCUUUACCUUACUUCUCUUCAAGCAGUUAAUGAUCGCUUGAGUUGUGUUUUCCUUAUUCACGCUUGGGAACUUACCCUUCUUGUGACUCGAGACCUGAAGCAAGAUGUGUCGUGGCUGUCUUAACACCCUCAACCUUGUUUUCCGCAGGAGAAUUGCUGAGUCAGCCCAGGCCAGAGGGAGUGACUGAGAUCAUCUGUCCGAAGAACGGUAACGAGCGAGUGAAUGUGGCUCUGGUUUACCCCCCUACGCCGACAGUGAUCAGCCCUUGUUCCAAGUAACAUCUGGAAGACACCUGCCUUUGCCCCCAUAUAAGGACACACCAAACACCCCUUAAUCGAACAAGCCCUUCCUAAGCAUUUUUGGAAAUGUACAGCCCAGAGAUGAUUACUGGUGGGACCUGGACAACACAGCUUGGGAAAUAAAGGUACAGCUAUGUUGUUUUCCUUUAGUGAAUGGGAAGGUAUUUGCAGCGUUGGGUUUUUAGGCUAGAUUGCUACAGCAAAGCUGAAUUUUGGUGGAGGGUGAGUAUUUUACGAGGGUUCCUUGUUUUGCUUAUUGAUUUAUGUUGCAGAAUUUACACCUUAAAAGCUUCCGUUUGUCUGUGUUUUUGAAAUCCACUUGCAACUCCUGUUCUGGGCAAACAUCAACCACGGCAGAAAAAAAGCCUCACUAAGGAGCAUCUCGCAGUUAGCAGCACAUGGUUCAUUUUUGCAUGAGAACCAGCGCCCACACUGCUCUGCUGACAUGUGCAUGAAAGAACUAUGUCAGUAAUACACAGAGCAGACGAGUAGCGUCCAGUUUAGAUUUGGGAUUAAGCAAGUUGCAGUUCUGCAAACGGUUUCGAAAUAUCCUCCAAAGCAAACGUAGGUUUGUUUGCUUCAACUGCUCAUUUAUAAUAAAUGUUUGUUCAUUCCCAUAACGUACCAGGACUUAUUAAGCUAUUAAAGCCAUUAUUAAAUAAAUUAUGAAGCCAUUGUUAAGUAAAUAAUAAGUUUGGUAAUUGCCUAACACAGAGCUGUCUCUAGGUGAUUUACAUUCAGUUUUAACUGUCAAUAAGUCCAAAGAUGCUACUAGUGUUCUGUGUUUUCGAUGCACCAAGCCAUAAAAUCCUCCUAAUAAAAUUAUUUAUGAAUUUAAAAAAUAAUGUUGCAACUUGAUGGUUGAUCAUUAUUCAAAUUGCAACAUUAUGGAAUGGCUUUGUGCACAUUUAGAUUUUAAUAAGCUUAAGUAAGGUUGGGUUUUAAUAAAAUCAACCAAUACAUUGUCCUGUUAUUCUUCAGACAACCUCCGCUGAGAUUCACGGUAGAUUUGCCUGUCAAAUACAUUUUGACACUAGCAACCUCGUACCUGGAAUUGCUCAGAAAUUUUAAGAAAGCAGUUUUGAAAGGUCCAGCCCACAAUCUUUAUUCAAAAUGGUGUCCAAUUAUAUCCAAACAGGCAGAAACAUACUCCUUGAGCUCAGAAACCAUGAUGCAAAAUUUGGUUGGCAGUAUCUAAAGGCAUGUCCAGAUGCAUAGCAAACAAACAGCUUUCCUAAAUACUUUCCUAAAAACCUUCUUGUAUGACCAGGCCUCUGUCCUUUAACUGUCUGUGGCCUUCUAGAAGUGGGCGGGAUGUUUUUAAUGUAUUUCUCUAAUGAAUCUAUGUAGGGUCUGGGACGUGGGUGGAGCUGUGGGUUAAACCACAGAGCCUAGGACUUGCCGAUCAGAAGGUCGGCGGUUCGAAUCCCUGCGACGGGGUGAGCUCCCGUUGCUCGGUCCCUGCUCCUGCCAACCUAGCAGUUCGAAAGCACGUCAAGUGCAAGUAGAUAAAUAGGUACUGCUCCGGCAGGAAGGUAAACGGCAUUUCCGUGCGCUGCUCUGGUUCGCCAGAAGCGGCUUAGUCAUGCUGGCCACAUGACCCGGAAGCUGUACGCUGGCUCCCUCGGCCAGUAAAGCAAUAUGAGCGUCGCAACCCCAGAGUCGGUCACGACUGGACCUAAUGGUCAGGGGUCCCUUUACCCUUUACCUUUAUGUAGGAUCUAUUAUCUGUCUGUCUGGUUGUAAGUCGCUUUGGGUUGCCCCGGGCUAGAUAAAGCAACAAACAAAGUAUUAGAUGAAGAUGAUAGACAUGUAUAGAUGCAGGAUAAGUAUAUUAUGGUACAGAGAAGGUGGAUCCUUAGCGCCAUGAACCUUGAGACUUUCUGUUUUGUCUUCUUCAAACACGCAGAUUAAUGGGAGCAGGUGUGCUGAAAGGCUAUGCGCUGGGGUGGACACAAAUCUGUAGCCUGCCUGAAUUGAUCCUUACCAUCGGCUGGGGUUGGAGUGGUGUGUUUCCAAGAACAUUGUCCAGAGGCUUAUUGAAGCAAGAAACACAGCAAAGCAUCCUCAUCCUGUGCUGCUCUUGGAACUUUUAUACACGACAGUCUGAAAACUCUGGGUGGUUUUAAUUGCUUCGUAAGCACGGAAACAAGAGCAUUGUUGACUGACGGCGAUGCGCUGGGAUUGAGAACUUUGUGGACCCGUAUUGUGCACUUGUUUGGACCCAUUGGUGAAUGUAAGAUUGUUCUCGGUGUGGUCACUGUUCAGCUGCAGCUGAAAGAUAUAUCUGCUGAAAAGGCACUGUUGGUAACUCGGGUAAGUUUUGACUUUGUCAUUGUGUUCCUCAGGGCUUACUCUGGGUUUGCAAGGGCAAGGCACCUCCAGUUGGCCUUUUCUGCAGGGAAGAGACCUGCCCUUCUUGCAAUGACAAUAUCCUUAGUUUCUCUGCUGAUCUCUUGAUUGCCAUUAAAGCAAUAUGAAAGAUGGCUUAAGCAGUGGUGGUGUAGCGUGGGUUGCCAGUGCCCGCGGCCACAGGGAGUGGGUGGGGGAGGGAUGGAAGAGGACAGAGUAUGCAUGCACAUUCAACUGCCUAACAGCGCCACCCAGGAGAUUACAACCACAGAGAUAAGAAAAGAAGAGUCAUUCCCUUUGUCUGGAAAGGUCACUUCCUGGUUCACACGGAGAAGCUGUUUUCAACAGAGCCCAGCAAUGGAAGCACACAGUUGUAUGGAGCUAGCACUGGGUGUUGAAAUUUUGCACCCCUAACAAUUUUGCGCCUGGGACAACUGUCCCUCUGCCCCCCCCCCCACUAUGCCACUGGGUUUAAGGGUUGCACUUCGUUUCCAGGGCAAGUUUACAUACAACAUAGAAAGAACACUUGUUUAUUUGUGUGUGUGAGCUCUUGGAGAUAAUAAUUGCAGGUAGAAAUUGUCAUGUUACCAUUGUCAACUCUAAAAGUACUUUUCAGUGGAAAUAGUCCAUUCAUGAUUUUAUCUAAAGAGUCAUAUAAGAGUCCAGGUGAUAAUACGUGGAUGUGUGAACGAGCCUGAGAUAAAAUAUUCUGUCGGAUAAUAACUGGGGUCCAAAGUUACCACAAUUUAACUGGCUCUGGCUUUUCAGUUAAUUUUUCUCUCUAGUAAUGUUAGUGAUUGCUUUCUUUGGUUUGCUCACAAGCUCUUGGUAUUUCCUUGAGGAAUACCUUUGCUGGUCAUAACAUUUAUUCCUUGGCAAAUUUUACAGUUAGGGAUAACAUUGAUUAUUAUAGUAACUCUUUAAGUAGCAGCAGAACAAAAAAUCUGUUCCCAAAUUAAUCUUUCUUAGCAAAAUUAAACGAUUGUCUUUUGUUUUGAUACUGUCAUGGCUUGCUGCUUAUUACAAAUAUAUUACUGGUUGAGGUAAAAGGGAGAAAUGCAUAGACAUUUCAUACCAUAAAACAGCUCAAUUUGGGGCACAGUUUGAUUAAAAUUUUCUCCUUUUUAUUUCAAAAUAGACAGAAAACCAACAUAUUGUUGAAUGCCACAUCCUCCAUCUCACAGAUUCCAGCAUUUUAGUUGUUUAAUUGUCUGCCUUCUAAUGACCAGCUGCUUAGGUCAUCAAUUUAAUAAUAAUACUAUGUACAAAGGUAGUGUACAAAAAUUAAAAACAAAAGGCAAUCCCUGCCCACAAACUUACAAUCUAGUACAUUUAACUAAUUUUGUAUACUACUGAAACUUCACUAAGUGCUUUUUGAGAUAAUGAAGUAAAAAAAAAGUAGGGUUAAAGAGCAAAAGCUAUUAAGUGUUGAAAAGAAAGAGCAUCCGUAUGAUAGCAAUGCCAAAAGCAAAAUGACCUCUACACAGUUUUCCUAAUAGGCAGCCCCAUCCAUUUAAAAUGUGCCGCCCCUUUCGCUUAACAUUGCCACCUACUAAUUAAAGCAUUUGUUGAUUAAGUGAGAUGGAUACAACUUUACAACCCUACCUAUAAUAAUUCCUAAUUAUUAUCUGAAAGUUAGACGCUGGCUUUAUAACCAGUACAAUUGAGGGAGGGGAAAUGACUGCGUUGGAGAAAAAUUCAUUACUGUGUAAUGAAAUUGCUCACAUGAAAGGAAAGGAAAAAUGUCAGCUAGUCUACUCAGCCUUUUUAUUCUGCGCUUGUGUGCAGAUACUUAUCUGGCUAGUUUAGCUGCAAGCUUAGUUUGUCUUGUUAACCUGGUAUAGGUCUGGGUUCUGCUCAGGCUUGGGGAUCAGAAACCUUUGUUGUCUGCAGACAGAAGUGGAUCUCUUUUGUCCUCGAGAAUAAUUUCAAUGUUUCGUAUAGCCUGGCUUCGUUUGUGGGGAGGGCGGUGGAGCUGGCAGGUGAGUUGGGGAGAAAAUUCUCACUAAUAAAUGCUUGACAUCAAUUCACCGAAACGCAGCAAAUGCAGAUUUCACUGCUUAGUUUUGCUUGUUGAAAAAUAACCGUGCCCUUUCUCUAAGCAUUUACUUGCACAUACUGAUGAAUCAUGAGGUUCUCACCCAUAACAAUGGUGAAAUUGCACCCUGCCCUUCUGCCUUUAAAAAGGUUCUACAGUAGAUUAAAGUGCAUAUAAAAUCACACGAGCAUAAUCGGCUAAAUCCAAUCAAAUAUAAAACCAACACACUAAUAUCACAUAGCAGCAAGAAGAAGAAGAAAGUAAUAUUUGUAUAUAAAUUGCAUCCCUCCCUCCUUCAUAAAUUAUUUGGAACAGAAAUACUUACCGUAUUUUUUGCUCUCUAAGACUCACUUUUUCCCUCCUAAAAGGUAAAGGGAAAUGUGUGUGCCUCUUAUGGAGCGAAUGCAGGCUGCGCAGCUAUCACAGAAGCCAGAACAGCAAUAGGGAUUGCUGCUUUCACUGCGCAGCGAUCCCUCUUGCUGUUCUGGCUUCUGAGAUUCAGAAUAUAUUUUUUCUUGUUUUCCUCCUCCAAAAACUAGGUGCGUCUUGUGGUCUGGCGCGUCUUAUAGAGCGAAAAUUACGGCAAAUUGAUUUCCUGAAGCAGAGGGAAAUGGGUGACAGGAGAGCAGGGCUGGGGGAUCUUUGGCCCACUAGAUAUUUGCUGAACUGCAACUCCCAUUAGUUCCAGCAAGCAUGGCAAAUGGACGGGGAAGAUGGGAGUUGUAGUUCAGCAAUACUUGGAGCACCACAGGCUCGCCAUAUCUGCCGAUACAUGACGGUUGGGUGAUCAUCUGUCAUGUGUCAUCUAGUUGAGAUUCCUUCAUUGCAGGGGGUUGGACUAGAUGACCCUCGGGACCCCUUCCAACUCUACGAUCUGGUGAGCAGGAGUGGGGACAAAUCUGUAUCCCAGUUUCUGAGCUUCAGCUAGCCACAAACUAUAUGCUUCAUAUUCAAGUAUCUUCAACUGUAUGAACAGUCUUUUCCCCUAUUAAAAAACAUUCUCCUGUCUUCGGUUUAAUCUGAAGGGAACAAUCUCUUCCUGCACAAAUUAUGUUUCCUUUCGGUUUGCUUUGGAGGCGAAUUUGAAGGCUGGCUUCCAUCUGCUUGCUGUCUUCAAUGUGUUGGAGGCAGCAGGGAGCGAGGGAGGGAGUCGAGUAAAUCUCAGCAAGGCAGAGUUAUAACACCACAAAAUCUGGAUAAGAAGGUCUGGAUCAGGGAUCAGCUGGAUAUUGAUUAUAAGCUCCUAAAAGCCCCUUGAGCUUCUUUGGAGAAAGGAAAAUGCUUGCUAUGGAAUGUAGGCUAGUUGCUCUGCAGACAAGAAGCGUUCUUCCUUCCUCCUGUUGGUUGGGUUCUGUUUGGCCGUCCUAGAGGCCUGGGGAGAAAACGAUGACUUCUUCUCUUUUUGCUGCUUCGCUGAGAAUAGUCUUUAUUGGGCCCUCUGUCAGUUUUGUUCGGAACUUCCUUGAGUCAGCAGCUCAGCGCCAACAAGACUGCUGAGCUAUGUGGAAAUCCAGGAAACAUUGGUUACCAAGAUAGCAGAAACUAGAUAUGCCAGUGGUUUACUAAAGGACUUGGGUCAUCCCAGGCCUGGCAGAGAAUUCAUCGCUAUCUACCAGCAGCAAGUGAGUUGCACUCCAGCUACUGAUAACCAGCCACAAACAGGCGGAAGAGUAUUACAGGGCUUAUUUUAAAACUCAAGAUGGUCAACCCUACGCACCCUUAGCUGAGACUGCAACUGGGAUCUGUGAGCAUUAUCUGAGAAUGCUAAAAACAAAAAAGUGGUUUUGGAGAGGUGUGUGUUUUGAAUUGGUUUCCAUCUCCUUAACGCUGUUUUAUAGGAACUGUAAUAGGAGUGUUUGCCUGAGUCUUCCUGGUAACUUCCCAAGUUUGUACAAAUGGAGACAUUAGCCUUGUCUAAUGGAUAGACCCCCUAAUUUCUUUGAGAAGUAUAAUGUGAGAAGUUUUGCUCUUCAAAGGCAAUGCUCUGCUUAUGACAAUCAGAGCCGUCUUUCCCAUAGGGCUUAGUGGUGCGUUGCGCCAGGGCGCCAGCCUCUCAGGGGCGCCCCAGCAAGUGGGGGAACUGCGUGGCUUUGCCGGGGACCUCCCCUUUCCCUGCACGCCUGCCAGCUGCGCCCCACCAACCAUAAGGCUGGCGGGCGUGCAGCUUCCUUCCCAAGCCUCUGCGAGGAUCACUCUCCUCCCGAGGAGGCCUGGGAGAGGCGCAACUUCACUCCCAAGCCUCUGUGGGGAUCACUCUCCCACAGAGGCAUGGGGGAGGGUUGCGCUCCCCCCAUGGCUGGCAGUGCGCAGCUACGGCCACCCCAACACUAUCUGUGGUAAUUUGGGGGCUCUGAGUGGAUAUUUGCACCCCGGCGCCACAUCUGCUAAAGACAGCCCUGAAGACAAUUAUGAAUAUGUGGAAUGUUUAUGACUUGCUUCUUGUAUAUAAACUUCCUCUUGUUCUUUCUUUUAGUUUCCCCAAAGGAAGAAAUUCAUAAUUCUGUGGCUGUAAUGUGCUGUGGAAAAGGACACAAAAUCAAAACUGGAAAAUACCUCUUCAGAUGGAUGCUUUCCCAGGGACUGAGCAUAUAACUUAACCCCAGAAGUGAAAUGGUUUUUAAAGUAAUAUAUUAAGUUGCAGAUGAAUGGUGGACUAAAGGAUUCAUCACUCGACCCUCAGCCUCAGGAUCAUUCUCUAGCGAAGAGCUGCUUGCCAACAGAGUAGGAUGAAAAACUUCUCAGGGAUUAUGUUCGAUGUGCAGUUUAAAAGCCGCAGCUGCCGUUGAUGACAGCAGUAUCGGGGGGCUCUCUGUUUCCAAGUCUGUCAAAUGUGAAAGAGGAUCACUGCUGAAGUUCACUGCUGUUCAGCAAUUUGUUUGUUGUGGGUUUUUUUAAGUGUUAAUCUUUAUUUUUCUAAGUUUUUAAUUAUCUAUGCAGUUUAGAAUUAAUUUGACACUGGGUACAAAGGUCAGCAUGGAGAUUGUGCUAAAUCAGUUGCUGGGUUCUGGAUGUGAUGUCAAAACAAUGCAUGUAGGUCUCUAUUGUUUAAACACCUGGUUUGUGCACAUACACACACAUCACGCACACACACAGAUACACACACACACAAAGACAAACACACAAUCUUCAAUUUCACUGCAGUUUCAUGGUAAAAUCCACCUAAAUAAACAUUAGCACAGAUUCUUCUCGGAAUGUCUCUGCCUCCACGCAACAGUUGAAGCCGUACUUGAAAGAAGCAAAUGUGGUUUUGAGUUUUCUCCCUCUUGUGCGUGGAACAUGUCAACGUGGUGGAGAAGGGGAAGACAGCUUUAGUUAAAUUUUAUUUGUGGAGUAUGCAGAGUGGACAGCCGUGAAGUAAGCCAGGAAUCAUUCAUCCCUAAACAAUGCCAAGAAUAAUUGACCAGGAAAAAAAAUGGAAUAAUUGAGUUGAGGCAGACAUGAUUGACAAGGAGCAAAGAGCAGCGUGGAGAUGGACACACCUCAGUCCUCCAGCCACUUGGGAGCCAAGAGAAAGCAAUUCAGCUAUUGGUGACAAUGUGCCACAAAGAUUGGGCUUUAUUGCUAGACCCGGUUUACCUUCGGUGUAUUGAAAUUAAGCACUUGGAAUACCAGCAGCUAAAAUGCAGCUCAUGUUGCAACGAAGUUGACCACCUCAGUUCCAGAAUUUUCUUUUCUCGACUAUGGAUCACGCUGGCUUUAUUCAUGAUGUCCAUCAUGCUGGGGUGGGGAUUGGUUCAGUGUCCUACGAAACGUGGUUUGUUUUCAAAAGAAUGUAUUAGUCUGGGCCCCACUUUAAACAUCGCCUGAGUUAUGUAUAGUUAUGGCACUACACUUUAAGCCAUUCUGAUAAUGGUAGCGCCUUCUGCCCAUAUGGUUAGAGCAGCAUUUGUGCCACAUUUGCUAGAUUAGGAAACUUAAUUACGACACCACCAUCCAAACCUACAGCACAGUCUACCUUCAGCGCAUCGAUGGAAGAUUUUGGUGUUACUGGAAUGGUUCAGGAAAGCCACAGAGCAGAGGAAACCACACUUCUCAGACCUCAAGAUUAUUCCCUUGUUUGAAGAAUGCAGCCAACAAUCUGUAAUAUACACUCUUACAAGUAAACAUCACAUUUAAAAAAAUGUUGGGCAUUUUAACAUGCAACUUGGAGGUGGAUUUCCAUGGGGAAAUCAUAAAAACAGCUGUUGAAUUUUAAGUUUAGCUGAGGAAAAAAUAUACCUCAUUUGAAAAGUGGUUGAAAAGGAGACAUUAAUCAACAAAUGUGUCUGGUGUUAUGAGUGAGCUUUUGAAUCCCAGUGGCUAAUUUUUGUCGGUGUGUGUUGAAAGAUGUCCCCCCCCCCCCCCCGCUUCAGAGUCACUCCAUUCGACAACUUGUGUACAAGAAGGUUAACUGGGGGAUUAGCUGCAGUUUUCUGUUGUAUUUUGGGUCUUGUGGGCCAUUUCAGGUCUAGUGUGAAUUUAAGUGGAACAUUCCCAGAUCUUAAUUACCUUAGCGCAUCAGGGGCAUGUGCUAAGAAGACGUUCCCAAGCAGAUUUCGGUACCACAUCACCUAGUAAAAUAGUUUGGGCUUCAGAAAUGUAUUGUUUAGGUUUGCCUUAAGUAGGCUUGAGCAAAACUUGGUCAUUCUGUGGGAAAGUGCCAAAACAGCAGUGCUUAACCAGGCUUCAGCACCACUGAAUUUCUGGCAAAUACUAGUUGAGAUGAGUUUUCUAAGUGUACCUUCAUCCUUCAGUGCAACUUUCUAGGUAGCUCUGACUUCUGUAAGGAGGAGCACAACUUGACAUGAGUUUUCCCUCUCAAGGCCAAAAUGAAGGGGUUUUUUUGCACCUGUUAAAGUAGAUCUUUGCCAGCAAUGGGAGAUUGACUCUUUCCUGAUGUCAGCCUAAACAUGGGUGGCGUUCAGUCAUUCAUGUUUUUCAGGCUAUUUGCUAAAAAUGCUCAGCAACAUCGCACUGGAACAGCUGAGGCGAAACACUUGCUGCGGUUGUCUGAGAACUUUUAAGAGCAAAUAUAAUUUUUAAAAAAAUCAUUUUUUUGCUAUGCAGGACAUUUCAAUACAGACACUGCAGCCAGACAAAGAUAUUUUGGCUGGCAGAGUGUCUUGACAAGAUCCUGUUGUGGUAGUAUCGGCGGAAGAUUUCUGCCAGCUUUUCUGGGAAGAGGGCGAGGUUUUGCUCUGUGAGGCACAAAAAAUCAAUCAAGCUAUUCCUCUUAAAACUGCUGGAGAAUUGCCCUUGGAAUCAGUCACGUUUUCUAUUCCUAGGUUCCAUGACAGGAAAAGCUGUUUCCUGGAUAUGCACCACAGUGCUGCCAAAGAAAACGUGUGCUGUUUUUAAUUCCUCAAAAGAUUCUCUUCCCUUUGACCCAUCUUUGAUUCACUUCUGGAAGGCCAAAAAAAAGGGGUGUUUGGUGUAACAUGGGUGGUGAUUGUUCAGCAAGGGGCAUGGGGGGGGGCGGCGGCUAUACUUAUAGCUUAUCUGUUAAUUCUCCAUAUUACAGCACAGACUUCUUUUUUUACAAGAAAAAAGAAAAAAAGAUGAAAAAAUAUUCUCACCAAGAUGAAAACCUGAGAAUAAAAGUAAUAUUACAACUUGA